AUGGUUAACAAGGAGGAACUGGAAGAAAGAUUGAAAAAACUAUUAGUGAGGUUGAAAAACCAACAGGAGGGGAAGCAGUUGAGUACCCUGGUUCAGAUCAUCCAAGACCUUAUUUUCCUGGCGCACACUGAUGACUGUGGUAAGAAACCAUACAUUAUAGUUAUUUACUAGAAUAUUUAAUACUAUUUUCCAUCAUUUAUACCAAUUUAUAGUUGCCUACUGAUUGUGCAUUUGUGUUUAAUCUCUCCAUGCAGUGUACUUACUGUAGGACAGUAGUUUACAUGUAUAAAGUGUCAAUUUCAGACUUCUGUUAUUCUCAUCUAUCUAAGCCAGGCAAUUGUUAAAGUUACACCCAGUUAAAAAUAGAAAUGAGCAUGUCUAUGUUUAUCUCAUUAUUGAACUGAAAGAACAUGUCAUUCUCUCUUCUGCUCUCUCCUGUUGUCUCCCUCCCCUCUCCCUCUCCUCUGUUUCUCCUCUCUCUCCUCUCCUCUCUCUCCUGUCUCUCUCCUCUGUCUCUCCUCUGUCUCCCCUCUCCCCUGACUCUCCUCUCCUGACUCCCCUCUCCGCUGACUCCCCUCUCCUGUCUCCCCUCUCCUCUGUCUCCCCUCUUCUCUGUCUCCCCUCUCUGUCUCUGCUCUGUCUCCCCUCUCCUCUGUCUCCCCUCUCCUCUGUCUCCCCUCUCCUCUGUCUCUCCUCUGUCUCCCCUCUCCUCUGUCUCUCCUCUCUCCUGUCUCCCCUCUCCUAUCUCUCCUCUGUCCACUGUCCUCUGUCUCCCCUCUCCUCUGUCUCUCUUCUGUCUCUCCUCUCCUCUGAUCUUUUCUGUCAGCAGCAGAGCUUUUUGAGGAUAAAGAUGUCCAUGGGCCUCUUAUGGUGGUGUUGUCGACUUACAGCGACAGCAGAGGGGUGCAACAGGUAAUCCAUUAUCACAACUCACUGAUCAUCAGCCAGCUGAGCACUAUUGUCUUUACACAUAUAAUACAGUUAUACUGUAGUACUAAUCAAGCAGAAGUCCCUACAAUAGGUGAAUCUGAAAUCUCAGUAUCAAUUCAAAGUGAAACUGAAUACCUGCUUGGGUCACAUGACCUCAUCUGUCAGGGUCACACUUUCCAUUAGAGCUCUAGUGUGUGAUAUUCUUGUACAGUGUCACAACAACUAUUGUAAUGACUAGUUGUUAAGCUGUACUUACACUGUACUUGACUCGACUUACAGGAAUAUGUACACUGUCUUGUAAAGUGUAACCAGUCAUUUUAUAUAUACAGAAAGACUGGGAGUUUAUUUUCCCUGCAGGUGGGAUGGUCGUUGCUGUGUCGGCUGAUGGAGAUAUGUCCUUCCACCUUGGACUCACUGGUCAAGCCCCUGGGAGCAGGGAAAGACUGGGAGGUACUUGGAGUGCACCAGUAAGUAGUGGAAGACCCCCUUGCAGUAUGUGUUCAUCCAGCUAACUCAGGAUAUUGAGGGACUUUGUGGGUAGGAGGAGUUGUCCUUGUUUUGAUAUUAUGUUCUUUCUGUCGGGGAACUACAAGGAAGGAAGUCCAAAGCCAGACAGGGAAUUGAAAGGGCACAAAUGCAAAAGAAGCCUAUUGUUAAGACACUGUGUUCAGUGCUGUUAGUGCAAAAACCGAAUAGAAAAUUGUGUGUGUGUGCACAUGCAUGCAUUUGUUUCUUGUGUGUGUGAUUGUAUAUGUGCUCACCCCACUAUGUUUUACCCUGUAUUUGAUUUCCAGGCAGAUCCUUAAGGUGUUGUCCCAGCACAGUGGAGACUGCAGAGUGAUGAUGGUUGGGCUCAGGGCACUGGCUCUGCUCCUUAGAUCAGGUACAAUAACGCAUCUUUUGAAAAGGACAGGAGAAUACCUACCUCUUGCAGGUACAUUGCAGCAAUGCUUUCUUUGACCAAUGGGUCUUAGUCAGCUCUUUUUAUAUGCUAUUAUAUUAAUAUGUAAUAUAUCGUUCAUCUAUCUGGUGCAUCUGCAACAGUAUCACCCACCUCCCAUGACUCAAGAUAACAACAGGCCAUAGGCUUCUGGUGAACCACGACAUGUUUAUAAUGUCCAGGGAGCAGAGUCACUCAACUAGAAAUAUGUUAUGGUAGAUGUUAAAUAGUCACUAGAUCAGUCUAGCACACACAAAUGAUUCCUAACAAAAAGAACAGUAAGAUACCAGCAUGCAGUGCCAGUUUAACUUCAGAAUGAGCCAUAGGCCUAAAGUACAUACAGUAGCUCUUUGUAGCAUACUAUGUUAAAGACAUGCUCCGGAACUUUGGCAAGUACUAAGUAUUUUUUAAGCCUCAAUGUGUAGUUCAUAUAUGCAUAAUCUACGAGCUACAAAAUCCCUAGUUUGAAAGCAACUGUUUUUCUGGAAACUGUGCUGCAUCAUUUUCCCUACAUUUUCCCCCACGUGGGCCAGCCCCCUAGAUAUUUGAGUUCUACCCAAUGAGCUUCAGCCCCUCGCCAUUUGAGUGACCGAUAGCAAGAUGCACACACAACAGAGCGAGAGAGAGAGAGCAAUGAGAGAGAGAGCACAUACACUACAUGACCAAAAGUAUGUGGACACCUGCUUUUCGAACAUCUAAUUAGAAAAUCAUGUGUCAUGCCUGCUCCCGCUCCCCCUCCCUGGCGCUCAAGGGCGCAAGGCUGCCCAUCAUUAUUAUUAUUAUUAUUAUUAUUAUUAUUUUUUUUUAGUCAUUUAGCAGACGCUCUUAUCCAGAGCGACUUACAGGAGCAAUUAGGGUUAAGUGCCUUGCUCAAGGGCACAUCGACAGAUUUUUCACCUAGUCGGCUCAUUACUCAAACCUGUCACCAUCGUUACACGCAUCUGCGCUUCAUUGGACUCACCUGGACUUCAUCACUGGCUAAUUACCUCCCCUAUAUCUGUCUGCUCCUCAGUUUGAUCCCCGUAUCUGCAUUAAUGUUGUUUUGUUUCCGUUGUCCAGACGCUGUCGGUGUUUUCUUCCUGUCUGUUUUUUCAUUAAAUGUUCAUUCCCAGUACUUGCUUCUCGUCUCCCAGCGUCUGUCGUUACAUCAUGGGCAUUAAUAUGGAGUUGGUCCCCCCUUUGCUGCUAUAACAGCCUCCACUCUACUGGGAAGGCUUUCCACUAGAUGUUGGAACAUUGCUGCGGGGACUUGCUUCCAUUUAGCCACAAGCAUUAGUGAGGUCAGGCACUGAUGUUGGGCGAUUAGGCCUGGCUCGCAGUCGGCGUUCCAAUUAAUCCCAAAGGUGUUCGAUGGGGUUAAGGUCAGGGCUCUGUGCAGGCCAGUCUAGUUCUUCCACACCGAUCUCGACAAACCAUUUCCGUAUGGACCUUGCUUUGUGCAGGGGGACUGAAACAGGAAACGGCUUUCCCAAAACUGUUGCCACAAAGUUGGAAGCACAUAAACAUCUAGAAUGUCGUUGCUGUAGCGUUAAUAUUUCCCUUCACUGGAAUUAUUAAGGGACCUAGCCCGAACCAUGAAAAACAGACCCAAACAAUUAUUCCUCCUCCACCAAACUUUACAAUUGGCAUUAUGCAUUGGAGCAGGUAGCGUUCUCCUGGCAGCCGCCAAACCCAGAUUAGUUCGUCGGACUGCCAGAUGGUGAAGCAUGAUUCAUCACUCCAGAGAACGCGUUUCCACUGCUCUAGAGUCCGAUGGCGGCGAGCUUUACACCACUCCAGCCGACUGUGUGCAGCUGCUCGGCCAUGGAAACCUAUUUCAUGAAGUUCCCGACUAACAAUUAUUGUGCUGACGUUGCUUCCAGAGGCAGUUUGGAACUCGGUAGUGAGUAUUGCAACCGAGGACAGACGAUUUUUACGAGCUACGCACUUCAGCGCUUGGCGGUCCCGUUCUGUGAGCUUGUGUGGCCUACCACUUCGCGGCUGAGCCGUUGUUGCUCCUAAACGUUUCCACUUCACAAUAACAGCAUUUACAGUUGACCGGGAAGCUCUAGCAGGGCAGAAAGGUGGAAAGGUGGCAUCCUAUGACGGUGCCACGUUGAAAGUCACUGAGUUCAUCAGUACAGGCCAUUCUAUUGUCAAUGUUUGUCUAUGGAGAUCGCAGGGCGGUGUGCUCGAUUUUAUACACCUGUCAGCAACGGGUGUGGCUGAAAUAGCCAAAUCCACUCAUUUGAAGGGGUGUCCAGCUACUUAUGGCAAUUUAGUGUAUUUGUGUAAACGCAGCCCUACAGCGAAACUACAGACACUGCGACGAGAACGUACCAUCAUACAGUAUCUGCACAUACAGUAUGUGACGUGGUACUACAUUUUCGGGGACUACUUUAGGCUCGAGCGCUACUUUCAGAACUGCUGGCUAAAAAGUAUACAAAAGUAACGGAGAAUCUCUUUAAGGCAUUUUUGUUAAGGAAUUCAAGGACUGUAAACAUGGCAUAUACUCAUGACUGCCAUAUCAUACCAAGUCAUAUCACUUUUUGCUGGCAGUGGUGUACAGUAAAUGGACAAACAUGACAGUGUAUCACUUGUUUGUUUUUGCAGUUUGUGUCUGUAAGGAGGGGACGUUCCGAUCGCGCUUAAGUGAUAGGAAUGCCCCCCCCCCCAAUUACAGGCACAAACUGCAAAAACAAGUGGUAUAGUAUACUAUCAGACAUUGUUUAAAUUGUCAAUGUCUUGUAACUGUACUCCACUACCAGCCCUCAGGCCAAUAGUGUCCUCUCUGUUUAUCUGUCAUCAAGACACUCAAUUCAUCAUAUUGUCUAACUCAGCGUAUCUCAUCUCAAAGUCACUCUGUGUGUCGAUUUCCGCCCUCAGUCAAUUCCUUUCAUUUAUUGACAGAUCAUAUAAUAGAUAUGACAUCAUACCCAUGGUUGCCAAGGAGCCCUUAGAAUGCAGCAGAUUUAAUUAGGUCACAUGGUCGUCAUCUCCCCCCCCCCCCCUCAGGUCCAACCCUCUUGUUAGUCAAAGGGACAGUACAGUAUCAGUUGAGCCCAGUAACGUGAAGGUUAAGCGGGACAGAAAUCUGCACACACAGCACAGGGGUUCUCAGGACUGUCCUUGAGGGUGAGGUAUUUACAAGGUAGGAAGUAAACCUAGGUGCUUUCAGUUCCUCUAUGGGCGAAAGGUCACUGUGUCCUAAACCAGAGAAGCAAUGAAUCGAAAAAAAAACGAUGAUCCUGUAUAAAUAAGUCUAUAUGUUGAUACACAACAUUAUAGAAGCCUUAUGACGAGACAUUAUAAAGGUUCAUACAUGCUUAUAACAAGUGAUAAAACAUUAGCCCUGCGGGGUCAGAUUCAAUUCAAGUGUCACCAGAUGUUGUUUUCUCUGUGUCUAGAUGCCAUCGUGUUGUUGAUUCGGGAUGAGGAAGAGGACGUGUUUAGUUUGAUUGUUGACGGGAUGAAGGCUUUCCCCUCCAGUGAGGAGGUUCAGAUUCAGGGCUGCCGUGUUCUCCAGCUGCUACUGGACAGAGGUGAGAUAUACACUGAGUGUACCGGACAUUAGGAACACCUUCCUAAUAUUGAGUUGCACCCCCUUCUUUUGCCCUCAGAACAGCCUCAAUUUGUCAGGGCAUGGACUCUACAAGGUGUCAAAAGCGUUCCACAGGAAUGCUGGCCCAUGUGUCAAGUUGGCUGGAUGUCCUUUGGGUGGUGGACCAUUCUGGAUACACACGGGAAAAUGUUGAGUGUGAAAAACCCAGCAUCGUUACAGUUCUUGAGACAAACCGGUGUGCCUGGCACCUACUACCAUACCCCGUUCAAAGUCACUUAAAUAUUUUGUCUUGCCCAUUCAGCCUCUGAAUGGCACACAUACACAAUCCAUGUCUCAAUUGUCUUGAGGCUUAAAAAUCCUUCUUUAACCUGUCUCUACCCCUUCAUCUACACUGAUUUGAAGUGGAUUUAACAAGUGACAUCAAUAAGGGAUCGUAGCUUUAACCUGGUUUUACCUGGUCAGUCUAUGUCAUGGAAAGAGCAGGUGUUCUUAAUGUUCUGUCCACUCAGUGUAGAUACCGAGUCAUAUUAUUAUUUACUAGAGGGUUGCAUUGCAAGUUGGGGAUUUUGCCUUGCCAUCAAAAUCUGCAAAGUAGUACUCAUCACGUUUUGGGAAAUUUUGAUGUUCCUUGGGAUUUUUCAGCCAUAUUCCUUCAUACUCUGACUGAUGUUGUGUUCGUCUCUGUGUUGGCAGUGUCUGAUGACGACCUGGUAGAGUUUCUGGAGAACCAGGACCACAGUGUGGUUCUAGGUGCUCUCCGCCGUUUCCACGACAGUGAAGACCUGGUUCUGCAGGCCAUGAAGGUUCUUCUUCCUCUAGCAGGCCCUGGUAAGUCCCCAAUAAAGAAUAAUAAACAAAACGUGUCUGUUUAUCCCCCCCCCGCUCCCCUCCCCUCUGGAAUUAUUGUAAUUUCUAUUCUGGCUGCUAGACCCACUGUAGACAUUUAAUUAGAUUUGAGCCUUUUCUCAAAGAUUUGUAGAUUUUCUCAGUAAAGAUAUAGCUGUGGGUUUGUAACAAGCAGAUGCUUGUCUUACUCCUCACAAUGAUUGUCUUAAUUUGAGUUGAUUGAAUGUCAAGCCUGUUGUGGUAUGGGGAAUCACCAUGUUGUUGUUCUUGUUCUCUGAUGAAUGUGUAGGUCAUGUGUAUCAUGGCACAGAUUGUAUUAUUUUUGUGUUUUCUUGUCUGUAAGGUUGCACAAUUCUGGCAACUUUCUCAAAAUUCCCAUAUUUGCCAGCCUACAGACAAGAAAACACAAAAAGACUACUCUGUUUCAUUUGCUGCUGACAUUGUUUCCCUUUGGGGAUCAAUGAAGUAUUAAUCUAUCUAUCUAUCAAUCAUUCAAUCAAUCGCAGCCAGUAACGUGGAGAUCCUGAUGUCGGGGGGAGAGAGGUGUUACAGUGUGGUGGCUGGAGCCAUGGAGUUGUUCCCAGAGGUUGAGGCACUGCAGGAGGUCGGCUGCUGUCUGUUCAGAAAGUUUACAUCAGGUCAGUUCCAGGGUGAAAGGGUCAGAGGUCAUGAGCAGUAUGAUUGAAAGGCACAAUACUUUAUUAGUUUUUUAGCCACACGACAGCCCUGCAACUUCCUAUAACGUUGAGAGAUGAGGCUGGGGAAACCCCCUGGACACCACAAACACAUCCCUCCCUAAUAGUUUUGUUUUUGUCUUUCAGAAAGAUAUUGUAGUAUCCUGGUGCUGAAUGGGUUGCAUAGGGUCAAUGUAAGAGCAUGUUUGACUUACCCUGAGAAUGCCACUCUACAAGCUGCUGCGCUCUCCUGUCUGGCUGCCCUCAGUGAGUACACACACACACACACACACACACACACACACACACACACACACACACACACACACACAGUUUGCUGACAACACCACGGUUGUAGGCCUACAGGGACAACAACACAGCCUAAAGGGAGGAGGUAAGUGAACUGGCAUUGUGGUGUAAUGACAACAACCUGUCCCUCAAUGUCAGCAAAACAAAGAAGUUGGUUGUUGACUUCAGGAGGGAACAUGCCCCGAUCCACAUCAACGGGACUGCAGUAAAAAGAGUCACAAGUUUUAAGUUCCCCGGCGUCCACAUCAUGCACUAACAACACCACCACUCUUGUCAAGAGGGCGCAACAGCGUCUCUACUUCCUAAGGUGGCUGAACAAAUUCAACAUGCCACCACUGGUCCUCUCCAAAUACCGCUGCACCAUCGAGAGCGUCCUGACCGGUUGCACCACGGCCUGGUACGGGAAUUGCUCCAUCCACGACUGCAAGGCCCUCCAGGGCGUGGUGAAAAACGGCUCAGUACAUCACCGGGACCGUGCUCCCACCCAUCCAGGACAUCUACUCAAAACCGUGCCUGAGGAAGGCACACAGCAUCAUCAAGGACCCCACACAGCCCAGUCAUGAGCUGUUCUCUCCCUUACCAUCGUUCAGACGGUAUCGGAGCAUGAGGUCUGAUACCAACAGGCUCAGAGACAGUUUCUAUCCACAGUGCCUUGCAAAAGUAUUCAUCCCCCUUGGCGUUUUUCCUAUUUUGGUGCAUUACAACCUGUAAUUUAAAUGGAUUUUUAUUUGGAUUUCAUGUAAUGGACAUACACAAAAUAGUCCAAAUUGGUGAAGUGAAAUGAAAAACCACCAAGCAAGCGUCACCAUGAAGACCAAGGAGCUCUCCAAACAGGUCAGGGACAAAGUUGUGGAGAAGUACAGAUCAAGCUUGGGUUAUAAAAAAUAUCUGAAACUUUGAACACCCACGGAGCACCAUUAAAUCCAUUUAUUAAAAAAUGGAAAGAAUAUGGCACCACAACAAACCUGCCAAGAGAGGGCCGCCCACCAAAACUCACAGACCAGGCAAGGGGAGCAUUAAUCAGAGAGGCAACAAAGAGACCAAAGAUAACCCUGAAGGAGCUGCAAAGCUCCACAGCUGAGAUUGGCGUAUCUGUCCAUAGGACCACUUUAAGCCGUACACUCCACAGAGCUGGGCUUUCCAGAAGAGUGGCCAGAAAAAAACCAUUGCUUAAAGAAACAAAUAAGCAAACACGUUUGGUGUUCGCCAAAAGGCAUGUGGGAGACUCCCCAAACAUAUGGAAGAAGGUACUCUGGUCAGAUGAGACUAAAAUUGAGCUUUUUGGCCAUCAAGGAAAACGCUAUGUCUGGCGCAAACCCAACACCUCUCAUCACCCCGAGAAACAGUGAAGCAUGGUGGUGGCAGCAUCAUGCUGUGGGGAUGUUUUCCAUCAGCAGGGACUGGGAAACUGGUCAGAAUUGAAGGAAUGAUGGAUGGGGCUAAAUACAGGGAAAUUCUUGAGGGAAACCUGUUUCAGUCUUCCAGAGAUUUGAGACUGGGACGGAGGUUCACCUUCCAGCAGGACAAUGACCCUAAGCAUACUGCUAAAGCAACACUUGAGUGGUUUAAGGGGAAACAUUUAAAUGUCUUGGAAUGGCCUAGUCAAAGCCCAGACCUCAAUCCAAAUGAGAAUCUGUGGUAUGACUUAAAGAUUGCUGUACACCAGCAGAACCCAUCCAACUUGAAGGAGCUGGAGCAGUUUUGCCUUGAAGAAUGGGCAAAAACCCCAGUGGCUAGAUGUGCCAAGCUUAUAGAGACAUACCCCAAGAGACGUGCAGCUGUAAUUGCUGCAAAAUGUGGCUCUACAAAGUAUUGACUUUGGGGGGGUGAAUAGUUAUGCACGCUCAAGUUUUCUGUUUGUUACACAAUAAAAAAUAUUUUGCAUCUUCAAAGUGGUAGGCAUGUGUAAAUCAAAUGAUACAAACCACCCAAAAAUCCAUUUUAAUUCCAGGUUGUAAGGCAACAAAAUAGGAAAAAUGCCAAGGGGGGUGAAUACUUUCACAAGCCACUGUACAAACCAUCAGACUGCUGAACACUUGAACUGGGCUGACCACCUGCUCUGAUUCUCCGCAACUUAGCACACAUGCACACACCCACACAGACAUACACACACACACACACAUACAUUCAUGCUACACACACAUCACAACUUAUUAUACUGCUCAGUUUAUACACUGCCCCCCAUCCUCCCUUCCCCAAAACACGUGUAAAUAUUGGACUAUAAAUUGUACCUUCCUGUUUUAUACUUAUGAGUCAUUUACUUUAUGUUCAUAUUCUUAUCUUUUAUUAUUCCUUAUUGUUGUUGCAUUGUCCAGAAGGAACCUGAAAGUAAGCAUUUAAUUGGACGGUGUUUACCAUGCAUACAUGCAGCUAAUGAAACUUGAAACACACACACACUUUUGGGUGUGUAUCUGUCUUCACACCUGGUUCACCACGGUUGCUUCCUGUUUCUCAUCAACUCAGCUCAAACCAUAGUGCAGAGCAAAGCUGUGGCGAAGGAAGGGAUGGAGGAGGGAGAGGAGGAAGAGAACCGAGGGAAGGAGGUGGCGGUGGAUGAUGUGGGGUUGUGCUGGAUGGAGGCCUGCUGCAGAGCUCUGGAGUUCCAUGCUGCUGAUUCCACAGUGCAGGUAAGUCCUCAGCACUUUAUAUUGCACAUCAUCUAUUAGCUUCUCUUAUGUUGACACUUUAGUCCUCCUGUCCUGCUAUUCUUCUCUCCUUCUGUCUGUCCUCAUCUCUCUCUUUCUGUUUCUAACCAUCUCCCCCCUAGGAAGCUGCAUGUUGGGCCAUACACAGCCUGCUAUUGCAUGGCAGCGAGUCAUGGCACCAUUCCACAGAAGAGCAAGACGGAAGGUAGUCCGUUAGCAUGAGCUUUCCUCAUGGUAUUGUCAUUGACCGGUUCGCUUUAGCUUAAGCUUGAACAGUCCUCGUGGUAUUGUAUUGACAGUGAUCGUGUGCUCCCCAGGACACCAGUCCACAGACAAAUCAUGGCUGCCAUGCUGCUCCACUCCUCCUCUCCUGGGGUGUUCCAGGCUGCUGCCAGCGCCAUGGUUACGCUCAUCACCUACAAUAGUGAGUCAGACCCCCUAGCUCCUGCUAACGUAGGACACUGUUACUACCUGUCAACUGUCUGAGAUUACAUCAAGUCAGGUCAGACUUCAGCCUCUGCUUAUUAUUGCAGAAUAUUUAACUGUGUGUGUGUGUGUGUGUGUGUGUGUGUGUGUGUGUGUGUGUGUGUGUGUGUGUGUGUGUGUGUGUGUGUUUGCAGGUAAAAUGCGAUCUCUGUUGUUGUCCAAUGGCCUCCAUGUGAACGUGGUGGAGAUGAUGAGGAGACACCUGUCCUCUCCAGAGGUCUCUGCUGGUGGAUGUAAGCUACUUCACCUGCUCUUCAAGGGAAGGUAGGAAUCAUUUCAACUGCCAUCUACUGACAUGAUUUCAACUGACAUUUUAUGGGCUAAAAGUCUUCUGACGUUAGUCAACUUCUGAAGAGGUCCCUACUUGCAGAGCAGGUUUCUCUUGUGGAACAGGUCUGUCUUCUGACAUUUCUGACAAGUUAUAAAGCUCUCUAAGGUCUUUAAUGACUGACAUGAAAAGAGGAACUGAUGAUGCACUACCCAAUUUCGAAAUGGCACCUUGUGCAUUCUAUUAUUACAACUUUCAAGAGUACGUUUAAAGCCGGACUGAGUUCCUUUUUGGGGGGGGGGGACCAGUGGUCCCCACAGUUUGGGAGUCACUGGUCUAGGGUACCACUGAUGUCCCCUGCAUCUCUCUGUAGGACGGCCAGUCUGGAUGAACUGAACAUGGCCAUGGGUCAGAUCCUUAGGGCCAUGAAGGUCCAUAACUUCAUACCUGAGGUCCAGCUGGAAGCCCUGAAGGCCAGCCUGGCCUUCCUCUGUCCUGGUAGGAGACGCACAUAGACAGUCAACACUUGUGGUGUACAAGUGUUCAAGUAUUUACAUGUGCUUUUAAAAGUAUUUAGAUAUUUGUAUGUGUUCACAAGUGUUAAAGCAUUUUCAAGUGUUCAUACGUGUUCAUACGUGUCCAUACGUGUCCAUACGUGUCCAUACGUGUUCAUACGUGUCCUACAUUUACAUUUACAUUUUAGCCAUUUAGCAGACGUGUCCAUACGUGUCCAUACGUGUCCAUACGUGUCCAUACGUGUCCAUACGUGUCCAUACGUGUCCAUACGUGUCCAUACGUGUUCAUGCGUGUAUCAAGCUCCAGCCAUAGUGCCCAAAGCAAGAGAGACCUUUUUUGUUUUAGUCAGAUGUAUUUAGCUGAGUGUAUUUUCACUUAUCUUGUGUGUGUGUGUGUGUGUGUGCAGACAGGAGUUUGCGGGUGUCUGAUCACGGUGUGUCUGUGGCUGAUCCAGACACAGUGGACGUGUCUCUGAGGGUGCAGAAAAACCAGAGUGUGGUGGAGGGGGCCCACACGGUCUACCUAGAGGCACUCAACAGGGUAAUCAUGUCUCCCCAUGCAAUUCAUUCCCUGCUCAAAAUCAGGGCCUGUAUUCAUAAAGCAUCUCAGAGUAGGAGUGUUGAUCAGAAAUCAGGUCCACCCGUCCCUGUAAUCUUAUCAAUUGUGAUCUAAAAGGCUGAUCCUAAAACACUCCUACUCUGAGACACUUUGUGAAUACAAUCCCUGGUCCCUAGUAUUCACACAGUUAUCCUUGUUAAUAAUAGACUGCCCUUAAAAUAUAAACCUUUUUGUUGUUUGUGUGGUAGUUUAUUAGCAGUGCAGCCAUCCAGGAGUGUGGCCUGCGGGUUCUGUAUGCCCUGACUGACUGCUCCGGUGCUGUAGACCUGCUCUGUCAACAGGGGGCAAUAGACACUGUGCUGCACACACUACAGAUGUUCCCUAGGGAACGAGGUGAGAGCGAGUAGUUACACUGCUGACUGGCUAAAUAUGGCACGUUUACAGAAAUGUUGAUGGACGUGCAUUGUCCCUGUCAAGUAAAGCGAAUCAAGACCAGUAAAGCAGAGACUUCAAGGUUCUGUCCAUGACUCCCUUCCUUCCUCUUCAAUAGAAAUCCACUACUGGGGUCUAAACCUCCUCUACUGCCUUGUGUCUAAGAAGAAGCUGUCCAGAAUGAUAGUUCCCGUCCUGGCGUCUGUUCUCGUUACCACUCUCCUGCAGUACAGAGAGGAUGCAGAGAUGCUUUUAAAGGUGAGUAAGCCUCUAUGGUCCUCAAAGCCAUAUUAGUCUAGAAGAUUUCCAGUUAUUUCAAGUAAUGACAUUUUUAAAAACUAAAUAGGGGUUCCAGGUGGCCCUCCGGAUGCUAGACGCCUGCUCAGGGGCCGCAGGGGAGCUACAGAGGGAAGGCUUUGACAGAGAGAUCUUCCUCCAGCUCAAAGAAGGACCACCCGACCGAUGCAGCUACCCGGUAAGUAUGUGUGUGUGUGUGUGUUUCUGUGUGUCUGUUCACAUACUCUAUAUUCCUUGGUCUUCCUUCCUUACCCAUCUUAUAACAUUCCCAUCCUACACAUUAUCCCCCCACAUCUCUCUCUCUCUCUAUCCUCUCUCUCUCUCUAUCUCUCUCUCUCUCUCUCUAUCUCUCUAUCUCUAUAGCUUAAUCUACCCUUCCCUCUCUGUCUCUGUCUAUGUCUGUAGUAGUCUCGUAUCUAUCUCUCUCUAUCUAUAUCUCUCUCUCUCUAUCUAUCCUCUCUCUCUCUCUCUCUCUCUAUCUCUCUAUCUCUCUCUAUCUCUUAAUUCCUUCCUCUUGCCUCUGUCUUGUCUCUGUCUCUGUCUCUCUCUCUGUCUCUCUCUCUCUCUAUCUCUCCUUCUUCAUAUUGCCUCUCUCUUCUCUCUAUCUCUCUCUCUUUCUCUCUAUUUUAAUCUCCUCUCCCUUCUGUCUCUGUCCGUUCUGUCUCUGUCUCUGUCUCUGUCUCUGUCUCGUCUCUGUCUCUCUCUCUCUCAUCCUCUCUCUCUCUAUCUCCCUCUCUUCAUCUUGCCCCUCCCUCUCUCUCUCUCUCUCUCUCUCUCUCUCUCUCUCUCUCUCUCUCUCUCUCUCUCUCUCUCUCUCUCUCUCUCUCUUCAUCUUGCCCUCCCUCUCUCUCUCUCGCUCUCUCUGUCUCUCUUCAUCUCGCUCUCCCUCUCUGUCUCUCUCUCUUCCUCUAUCUCUCCCAGCUGCGUAAGGCUGCAUGCCUGGCCCUGUCCAAGAUGUGUGGCGAUGCAGAGCUGAGGUACAGUAUGCUGGAGAAGGCCUGUGAGGACGGAGAUGUGCUCAUGGCUGAGUGUCUCAUCCAGCUAGGAGCCGACAUCAAUAAGAAGACCAAGACUGAGUCGCUCAUAUACCAGGUCAGCACUGAUCUCUGUGGGGAUCUGAUGAAAUAUGAUCCGUGUGUGUGUGUAGAUGUGUAUGUGUGUACUUGGGUGGUUGUUGGGAAUUCAGCCCCAAAACAUUUUCUAAAUUUGUUUCACUUUGGGAACUCAGUUCCUAGGCGUUGCCCUUCGAUUCCCAACCCUGCUCACCCACUUCCCCACUGCAUCCCCUCCCAGGUGUGUGAGCAGGGCGGACCUCUGGAGCUUGUGGUGCUGCUUCUCAGCCGUGGGGUCCAUGAGCAGCACCUGCGUGGUGCCCUGGGUGCCAGCGUGCGUCGUGGGGACGGCCCUGCGGUCAUCCAGCUGCUGGGGCGUCUGGGGCUGGACCUGAACAACAAUGCCCUCUGUCUGGGGGGGUUCAGGCUGGGUCGGGUGGACGCUGCCUGGCUCAGCCCCCUGCUCUCUGAACGAGGCCGCGCCAACAGUCUACACUCCAGCACAAGUGAGUCUAGUCACUGAUGCUGAUUUCCGAGUUGACCCCUAGUUAUAGACUCUCCUCCCUAGAUACUCCUGAAGUGAUGCUGAUUUCCGAGUUGACCCCUAGUUAUAGACUCUCCUCCCUAGAUACUCCUGAAGUGAUGCUGAUUUCCAGAUAGACCCCUAGUUAUAGACUCUCCUCCCUAGAUACUCCUGUAGAUCUCUAGAUCUUAUUUGAAGGAAAGCUGAAACUAUCAUAUUACUUAUACAUUUCCAAUAUGAAUGAAUAGAACAUAAAAAAUAGUUUUAUUUACAAUACGUGUGCGUAUGUAUUUUGGUCAGAACCCUGGGAUGAAGGAUGUGUGCUCUCUGUGUUGUGUUUUCAGGUAAUGGUGCAUGUUUAGCCCGGUACGUGUUAUCCUUCCAGAGGAGUAAGACGGCCCCUACCCCCUCGACCCCCAGGUCUCUAGCUGACCCCUGCCUGACCUCUGGGUACCUGUCAGACGAGAGUGAUGACUCCAGCUUCCUGUCUUUAGAGGACAGUCUGGUCUUCACCAAUGACGACAUGGAGAGUGACGGUGAGGUGGACCAUGAGACACACAGAACAGCGCCCCCUGUCAACUUUCAAAUGUUUAUUACAAACUAAUUACUCUCUCUUGCUAGUCACAAUGGAAUCACUUGGUAAAAAAUAACCAUUAUUUGGUAUCUAUAAUAUAAUAGCUAAUUUGGUGACUGUUAAUUAUUGGCCACAGUUGCUUUAUUUGGGGAAUGUCUUGCUUACGGGAUGUCUCCUUAUUUUCACAGGAAGUGAUUCGCUUUCAGUGGCGCUGUCCCCCAAGUCCCCAAAUGAUUUGUCAGAGGAGUGGAAGGCGGGGUCACAGAAGAGGAAGAACGGGCGUCGCAGGCACUUUAGCUCCGAGGUGGGCUAUCUUCUUUACCACCAAUCUAAAUAUUGUUUAUUUGUGAAGUUACUCUAUUUCAGAGAAAAAACUCAACUGACCUGCUCUCUCUUUCUCUCUCUCUCUCUCUCUCUCUCUCUCUCUCUCUCUCUCUCUCUCUCUCUCUCUCUCUCUCUCUCUCUCUCUCUCUCUCUCUCUCUCUCUCUCUCUUUCAAUAAAUUAAUUAAUUAAGCUAUGUGCCAAUCAAUUAACCAAUUAAUUUACUAAUCAAUCAAACAGUCCUGUAUCCAUCCACAGGGAGUCCAGGGUGAGGUUGAGCUCAACGAGCCACUUCAGAGGAGGUAUGGCAGGACAACCCCUAACCAGAAAGGUACUAACAUUAGCUUUACUUGUCCUUGUUCAAAAUAUCAAUGGUAUCAUAUCAAUGGUAUCAUAUCAAUGGUAUCAUAUCAAUGGUAAUCCAUUAUUUCUGUUGUCGUUUCCACUCCAGGUAUUUACUCCCCAGUCUUGGGCUCUGGGGAUAUCUCCUCCCCUCUGGGCGGGGACAGAGAGCGGAUCCGCCUGCUGGACCUAUCAGGGAAUGAGCUGGACUGUGUGUCGUGUUUGAUGGACGAGGGUUCUGUCCGACAGCAGCUGGAGCACCUGUAUCGACUAGACCUGAGCCAGAACAGCCUAUCAGAGUUCCCCUCUGGGCUGUGUGAGGUGUGGGGUCUGUUCAGAAUGCUUAAAUGUUUGGUUAAUCUACAGAAUUUUGUCAGUAUACAAAACAAAUAUUCAUCAUUUUAUAUCAUACAUUUAUCAUACAUUUAUAGUUUUGUUGAUUUAUUUAAUACUUAAUAAUAAUAAUUAUACUUCUUAGAGCUUGAAGAGUCUGACCCGUCUGGAUCUCCAAGGCAACCAGCUGCAGUCUUUGCCGGCGGAGCUUCUGGCCCUGCCCUCACUGAGCAUGCUCAACGUGUCACGUAACUGUGUCGGCCCUCUUCUGACCCUUGACCCUGCCGUCAGCUGCCCGUCGCUACGGCAACUCAACCUGUCCUUCAACCACAUCACCACCUUCCCCCACCAGCUGGGCCGUGUCAUGGAGCGACUGGAGGAGCUGUCCCUCGAGGGGUAUGAUGGGAAAUUGAGUUCUUUGCAUCACUGCUGAACGUUUUACUUUAGCUGUGUAGUUAGCACAAAAUUAUAUUAUAAAUCAUUACAAAGCAGGAAUUAUUGUUUAGUUUUUGUCAAACAUGUAAAUCCUACCCAUCUGGCACUCUAGACAGGUUCAACCAAAUCCUCAAAUUAUUUGAAAGAAAACUACUCUGAUUUGAACCCAAGUAUGUGACAUCAAUUAUCGUAAAUAUAACUUAGUCUAUACACCUUUUCCUCUCCUGUAGGAACAGAAUGAGUGAGCUGUGGUCUCCUCUGUGUCUUCCGGAGAUGAAGCUCCUAGACAUCAGUAAGAACAGUGUGGAGAGCAUCUCACGUGACUUCCUGUCUGGCUGCCCCAAACUAGAGAACUUCAGUGCCUGUACCAACCAACUCAGUAAGUACAUUGUAACGCAGUUACUUACUUAAUCCUUUUCAAUCCUAACGGAACAUGGGGCCUAUACUAGUUUUCCAAUGCUGUUUUACAAUGGAUUAUUGUUUGGCAUUAUUAUUAGGCACAUCUGUGAAAGUAAUUAAAGUCUAACAGAUUUCUAGAAAAUGUCUUGCCAGACAAAUUAAUUAAUUUAGUUAAAUCUUCCUUAUGGAUAUGUAGAUAAACACUUAAUUAGUGUAUUUUGCGAAAUAAGAACAUAUUCAUUGUAUGACAUUGUGUUUUGUGUUUCUGCUGUCACAGGUUCCCUGUCACACCUCCCCUCAAAGAUAACAACGCUGAAGUUAUCACAUAACAGUUUCACUACCAUUCCUCAAGCCAUUCUGGAUCUUCCAAUGUAAGUUUGAUGUUUUAAUGAAGGCAACUACAUUGUUGUAGAAGGUGUUUAUUAGUUAACUAUUAGUUGAGUAAAAACUCUGCUUAUUAGUGUGCAAACAUGAAUUUGGCUUGAGAUUCAAAAUGGCUCAUCCUUGCUUUUUACUUUGCUUUCAGUUUACGGUCCGUGGAUAUGAGGACCAAUGACAUCUCAGUUUUACCGGGGCCGUGCGCCUGGGCGUCGGUCAACCUGCGGGAGCUCAUGUUCGGUCAGAACCGCAUCGGAGUGCUGGACCUGAGUGGACCUGAAGUUUACAAGUGGGCCAGACUGGAGAAACUACACCUGAGUGACAAUAAGCUCACAGAGGUCAGCAUUCAUCUUAGUAAUAUGUCAUUAACAUGGUCAUUUCCGAAACGCCAAAGUGACUGACAGUGAACACACGUGCCACAAUAAGUAUGUGGCAUUUGUUAGCACCAUGCGCUCUAACCAACUGUGCCAUUGAAACAGUCGUAUUUAGUGAACAGGGACAAUGCAAUACACAAUGCAUCUCACACCUCGAUGAUAAACUGCAUGUUCUCUCUAGAACAGGUCUCUCUGGUAAAAUGGAUGUUAUCUCAAUGAGAAUAAAUGAAGGUUUCAUAAAAUAUAUUUUUAAAUAUAAAAGUAACCCCUGUCUGUUUCAGGUCCCUCCUCAGAUCGGCCUGCUGGAGGAGCUGACCUCUCUCGACUUGAGCCGUAAUGGCGGCCUACGCUCCUUCCCUGAUGAGAUGGGCAAGCUGAGCAGGCUGUGGGACUUGCCACUGGAUGGCCUGCGCCUCAGCCUGGACCUCAAGCACAUCGGCAACAAGACCAAAGACAUAGUCAGGUGAAUGUCUGCAACGAAAUGCUUAUCUGCAGGUUCCUUCUGGACAAUGCAACAACAAUAAGAAAUAAUAAAAGAUAAGAAUAUGAACAUAAAGUAAAUGACUCAUAAGUAUAAAACAGGAAGGUACAAUUUAUAGUCCAAUAUUUACACAUGUUUUGGGGAAGGGAGGAUGGGGGGCAGUGUAUAAACUGAGCAGUAUAAUAAGUUGUGAUGUGUGUGUAGCAUGAUUGUAUAUACAGUAUCUCACAAAAGUGAGUACACCCCUCACAUUUUUGUAAAUAUUUGAGUAUAUAUAUGUGACAACACUGAAUAAAUGACACUUUGCUACAAUGUAAAGUAGUGAGUGUACAGCUUGUAUAACAGAGUACAUUUGCCUUGCCCUCAAAAUAACACAACACACAGCCAUUAAUGUCUAAACCGCUGGCAACAAAAGUGAGUACACACCUAAGUGAAAAUUUCCAAAUUGGGCCCAAAGUGUCAAUAUUUUGUGUGGCCACCAUCAUUUUCCAGCACUGCCUUAACCCUCUUGGGCAUGGAGUUCACCUGAGCUUCACAGGUUGCCACUGGAGUCCUCUUCCACUCCUCCAUGACGACAUCACGGAGCUGGUGGAUGUUCGAGACCUUGCACUCCUCCACCUUCCGUUUGAGGAUGCCCCACAGAUGCUCAAUAGGGUUUAGGUCUGGAGACAUGCUUGGCCAGUCAAUCACCUUUACCCUCAGCUUCUUUAGCAAGGCAGUGGUUGUCUUGGAGGUGUGUUUGGUGUCGUUAUCAUGUUGGAAUACUGCCCUGCGGCCCAGUCUCUGAAGGGAGGGGAUCAUGCUCUGCUUCAGUAUAUCACAGUACAUGUUGGUAUUCAUGGUUCCCUCAAUGAACUGUAGCUCCCCAGUGCCGGCAGCACUCAUGCAGCCCCAGACCAUGACACUCCCACCACCAUGCUUGACUGUAGGCAAGACACACUUGUCUUUGUACUCCUCACCUGGUUGCCGCCACACAUGCUUGACACCAUCUGAACCAAAUAAGUUUAUCUUGGUCUCAUCAGACCACAAGACAUGGUUCCAGUAAUCCAUGUCCUUAGUCUGCUUGUCUUCAGCAAACUGUUUGCGGGCUUUCUUGUGCAUCAUCUUUAGAAGAGGCUUCCUUCUGGGACGACAGUCAUGCAGACCAAUUUGAUGCAGUGUGCGGCGUAUGGUCUGAGCACUGACAGGCUGACCCCCCACCCCUUCAACCUCUGCAGCAAUGCUGGCAGCACUCGUACGUCUAUUUCCCAAAGACAACCUCUGGAUAUGACGCUGAGCACGUGCACUCAACUUCUUUGGUUGACCAUGGCGAGGCCUGUUCUGAGUGGAACCUGUCCUGUUAAACCGCUGUAUGGUCUUGGCCACUGUGCUGCAGCUCAGUUUCAGGGUCUUGGCAAUCUUCUUAUAGCCCAGGCCAUCUUUAUGUAGAGCAACAAUUCUUUUUUUCAGAUCCUCAGAGUUCUUUGCCAUGAGGUGCCAUGUUGAACUUCCAGUGACCAGUAUGAGGGAGUGUGAGAGCGAUGACACCAAAUUUAACACACCUGCUCCCCAUUCACACCUGAGACCUUGUAACACUAACGAGUCACAUGACACCGGGGAGGGAAAAUGGCUAAUUGGGCCCAAUUUGGACAUUUUUACUUAGGGGUGUACUCUAUUUUGUUGCCAGCGGUUUAGGCAUUAAUGAAUGUGUGUUGUGUUAUUUUGAGGGGACAGCAAAUGUACACUGUUAUACAAGCUGUACGCUCAAUACUUUACAUUGUAGAAAAGUGUCAUUUCUUCAGUGUUGUCACAUGAAAAGAUAUACUCAAAUAUUUACAAAAAUGUGAGGGGUGUACUCACUUUUGUGAGAUACUGUAUGUGUGUGUGUACAGUGUAUAAACUGAGCAGUAUAAUAAGUUGUGAUGUGUGUGUAGCAUGAAUGUAUAUAUGUGUGUGUGUACAGUGCCUUGCAAAAGUAUUCAUCCCCCUUGGCGUUUUUCCUAUUUUGUUGCAUUACAACCUGUAAUUUUUUAUGGAUUUUUAUUUGGAUUUCAUGUAAUGGACAUACACAAAAUAGUCCAAAUUGGUGAAGUGAAAUGAAAAACCACCAAGCAAGCGGCACCAUGAAGACCAAGGAGCUCUCUAAACAGGUCAGGGACAAAGUUGUGGAGAAGUACAGAUCAGGCUUGGGUUAUAAAAAAAUAUCCGAAACUUGAACACCCACGGAGCACCAUUAAAUCCAUUAUUAAAAAAUUGAACGAAUAUGGCACCACAACAAACCUGCCAAGAGAGGGCCGCCCACCAAAACUCACGGACCAGGCAAGGGGAGCAUUAUUCAGAGAGGCAACAAAGAGACCAAAGAUAACCCUGAAGGAGCUGCAAAGCUCCACAGCGGAGAUUGGAGUAUCUGUCCAUAGGACCACUUUAAGCCGUACGCUCCACAGAGCUGGGCUUUACGAAAGAGUGGCCAGAAAAAAGCCAUUGCUUAAAGAAAAAAUAAGCAAACACGUUUUGUGUUCGCCAAAAGGCAUGUGGGAGACUCCGCAAACAUAUGGAAGAAGGUACUCUGGUCAGAUGAGACUAAAAUUGAGCUUUUUGGCCAUCAAGGAAAACGCUAUGUCUGGCACAAACCGAACACCUCUCAUCACCCCGAGAACACCAUCCCCACAGUGAAGCAUGGUGGUGGCAGCAUCAUGCUGUGGGGAUGUUUUUCAUCAGCAGGAACUGGGAAACUGGUCAGAAUUGAAGGAAUGAUGGAUGGGACAGGGAAAUUCUUGAGGGAAACCUGUUUCAGUCUUCCAGAGAUUUGAGACUGGGACGGAGGUUCACCUUCCAGCAGGACAAUGACCCUAAGCAUACUGCUAAAGCAACACUUGAGUGGUUUAAGGGGAAACAUUUAAAUGUCUUGGAAUGGCUUAUUCAAAGCCUAUUCAAAGCCCAAACCCCAAUUGAGAAUCUGUGGUAUGACUUAAAGAUUGCUGUACACCAGCGGAACCCAUCCAACUUGAAGGAGCUGGAGCAGUUUUGCCUUGAGGAAUGGGCAAAAAUCCCAGUGGCUAGAUGUGCCAAGCUUAUAGAGACAUACCCCAAGAUACUUGCAGCUGUAAUUGCUGCAAAAGGUGUCUCUACAAAGUAUUGACUUUGGGGGGGGUGAAUAGUUACAGUGAGGGAAAAAAGUAUUUGAUCCCCUGCUGAUUUUGUACGUUUGCCCACUGACAAAGACAUGAUCAGUCUAUCAUUUUAAUGGUAGGUUUAUUUGAACAGUGAGAGACAGAAUAAUGACAAAAAAAUCCAGAAAAACGCAUGUAAGAAAUGUUAUAAAUUGAUUUGCAUUUUAAUGAGGGAAAUAAGUAUUUGACCUCUCUGCAAAACAUGACUUAGUACUUGGUGGCAAAACCCUUGUUGGCAAUCACAGAGGUCAGACGUUUCUUGUAGUUGGACACCUGGUUUGCACACAUCUCAGGAGGGAUUUUGUCCCACUCCUCUUUGCAGAUCUUCUCCAAGUCAUUAAGGUUUCGAGGCUGACAUUUGGCAACUCGAACCUUCAGCUCCCUCCACAGAUUUUCUAUGGGAUUAAGGUCUGGAGACUGGCUAGGCCACUCCAGGACCUUAAUGUGCUUUUUCUUGAGCCACUCCUUUGUUGCCUUGGCCGUGUGUUUUGGGUCAUUUUCAUGCUGGAAUACCCAUCCACGACCCAUUUUCAAUGCCCUGGCUGAGGGAAGGAGGUUCUCACCCAAGAUUUGACGGUACAUGGCCCCGUCCAUCCUCCCUUUGAUGCGAUGAAGUUGUCCUGCCCCCUUAGCAGAAAAACACCCCCAAAGCAUAAUGUUUCCACCUCCAUGUUUGACAGUGGGGAUGGUUUUCUUGGGGUCAUAGGCAGCAUUACUCCUCCUCCAGGCGAGUUGAGUUGAUGCCAAAGAGCUCAAUUUUGGUCUCAUCUGACCACAACACUUUCACCCAGUUCUCCUCUGAAUCAUUCAGAUGUUUAUUGGCAAACUUCAGACGGGCCUGUAUAUGUGCUUUCUUGAGCAGGGGGACCUUGCGGGCGCUGCAGGAUUUCAGUCCUUCACGGCAUAGUGUGUUACCAAUUGUUUUCUUGGUGACUAUGGUCCCAGCUGCCUUGAGAUCAUUGACAAGAUCCUCCCGUGUAGUUCUGGGCUGAUUCCUCACCGUUCUCAUUAUCAUUGCAACUCCACGAGGUGAGAUCUUGCAUGGAGCCCCAGGCCGAGGGAGAUUGACAGUACUUUUGUGUUUCUUCCAUUUGUGAAUAAUCGCACCAACUGUUGUCACCUUCUCACCAAGCUGCUUGGCGAUGUUCUUGUAGCCCAUUCCAGCCUUGUGUAGGUCUACAAUCUUGUCGCUGACAUCCUUGGAGAGCUCUUUGGUCUUGGCCAUGGUGGAGAGUUUGGAAUCUGAUUGAUUGAUUGGUGGCUUCUGUAGACAGGUGUCUUUUAUACAGGUAACAAGCUGAGAUUAGGAGCACUCCCUUUAAGAGUGUGCUCCUAAUCUCAGCUCGUUACCUGUAUAAAAGACACCUGGGAGCCAGAAAUCUUUCUGAUUGAGAGGGGGUCAAAUACUUAUUUUCCUCAUUAAAAUGCAAAUCAAUUUAUAACAUUUUUGACAUGCGUUUUUCUGGAUUUUUUUGUUGUUAUUCUGUCUCUCACUGUUCAAAUAAACCUACCAUUAAUAUUAUAGACUGAUCAUUUCUUUGUCAGUGGGCAAACGUACAAAAUUAGCAGGGGAUCAAAUACUUUUUUCCCUCACUGUAUACAUGCUCAAGUUUUCUGUUUUUUUGUCUUAUUUCUUGUUUGUUACACAAUAAAAAAUAUGUUGCAUCUUCAAAGUGGUAGGCAUGUGUAAAUCAAAUGAUACAACCCCCCCCAAAAUCCAUUUAAAUUCCAGGUUGUAAGGCAACAAAAUAGGAAAAAUGCCAAGGGGGGUGAAUACUUUCGCAAGCCACCGUAUGUCUGUGUAGGUGUGUGAAUGUGUGCUAAGGUGCGGAGAAUCAGAGCAGGUGGUCAGCCCAGUUCAAGUGUUCAGCAGUCUGAUGGCUUGUAGAUAGAAACUGUCUCUGAGCCUGUUGGUAUCAGACCUCAUGCUCCGAUACCGUCUGAACGAUGGGUGGAAGCACGGUCCCAGUGAUGUACUGGGCUGUCUUCACCACACCCUGGAGGGCCUUGCGGUCGUGGAUGGAGCAAUUACCGUACCAGGCUGUGAUGCAACCGGUCAGGACGCUCUCGAUGGUGCAGGGGUAGUAUUUGGAGAGGACCAGGGUGGCAUGCUGAAUUUCUUCAGCCACCUUAGGAAGUAGAGACGCUGUUGCGCCCUCUUGACAAGACUAGUGGUGUUGUUGGACCUCGGUGAUGUGGAUGCCGAGAAACUUAAAACUCUUGACUCUCUACUGCAAUCCCCUUGAGGUGGAUCGGGGCAUGUUCCCUCCUCUGCUUGAAGACAUCAACAGGAUGUUGAGGAAGAGGUUUUCAUGACACCACAAUGCCAGUUCACUUACCUCCUCCCUAUAGGCUGACUCAUCGUUGUUGUUGGUUAUAAGGCCUACAACCGUGGUGUCAUCAGCAAACUUGAUGAUGGAGUUGGUGUCGUACAAAGCCACGCAAUCGUGGGUGAACAGCAGAGGGCUGAGGACACACCCCUGGGGGACUCCUGUGUUAAGAGUCAGUGUGAAGGAGGUGUUGUUGCCAAUCUUCACAGCCUGUGGUCUACUUGUCAGGAAGUCCAGAAUCCAGUUGCAGAGGGUGGUGGCCAGACCCAGGGCUCUGAGCUUGGUGUCGAGCUUGGUGGGAACAAUAGUAUUCAAUGUUGAACUGUACUCAAUGAACAGCAUUCUCACAUAGGUGUUCUUCUUGUCCAGAUGUGUUACGGCCGUGUGAAUAUCGAUGGAAAUGGCAUCUUCUGUGAAUCUGUUGGGUAGGCAAAUUGGAGUAGGUCCAGCGUGCAUGGCAUGCUGGCCUUGAUGUGGGCCAUGACUAGCCUCUCGAAGCACAUCAUAUGAUGACCGAGGUGAGCGCAAUGGGGUGAUAGUCAUUUGGGCAUGUCACCUUGUUUUUGUAAGCUUCACGGAUGUUUGUGUAUACAUGGUCAAGCAUGCUGGAUCCUCUUGUGGCAGGAUACAUGUUUGCGAUAUAUAUAUAUAUUUUUUUUUUUGACGGGAACCUGGAUUGACAUUUAAUCCAAAAAGCAAUGCGAUCUGUCAAAGGGAAUUCUGAAUGACCAGGUGGUGGCUUUUGAUAGAUUUGAAUUUGCUCCAGAUUUCCCCUUUCAAUCAAAGGCCUAAUCCCAUUCAUAAAACUCUACCAAAUAAAUCCCUCUCUCCUAUAUCCUGUAACCCAGGUUCCUCCAGCAGCGUCUGAAGAAAGCCGUUCCGUACUACCGGAUGAAGCUGAUCGUGGUUGGGAACGCCGACAGUGGGAAGACUGCUCUGAUCCGACAGCUGAUGAAGUUGAAGCGUUCUCAGUGGCAGUUGGAGCGGCCCACCGUUGGGAUCGACGUCAGAGAUUGGACCAUCCGGGACCGGGAUAAGAAGAACAUGGUGUUGAAUGUCUGGGACUUCUCAGGUGGGCUCAACCGUCAUCCGUUAACUGUCAACUGUGACAUCUGGUCUGGAUACUUACUAGUGAUGUGGGAAAAAAUGUAUACAGUUACAUAUCACAAUAUUACUUUGGACGGUAUUAUAUUGAUACUUUGACUCCAAGUAUCGAUUUUGCUAGGUGGAGUUAGAUAGUGCUAGUCGGCUGUACCUGCGCCAAAACUCCGGUAUUAUUUAUCCUAUAGCUUGUUCUCCAUUUUCUUUUUAAAAUAGUGAGCCAACAUGUUUUCAGCACUUUUAUUUACAUGACUGAUAAACUAUUUUUCUCAUACUCUCUCUUGUCUCUCUGCAGCAGACAUACUGUUUGGAACAUCACAUCGCAAUAUUGAAUCACAAUACAAUGCCUUCAGAAAGUAUUCAUACCCCUUGACUUGUGCUACAUUUUGUUCUGUUACAACCUGAAAUCAAAAUGGAUUAAAUCAAUGUUUUUCUCACCUAUCUACACACAAUACCCCAUAAUGACAGUGAAAAUAUGUUUUUAGAAAUGUCUGCACAUUUAUUGAAAAUGAAAUAGAGAAAUAUCUCAUUUACAUAAGUAUUCACACCCCUGAGUCAAUAGAUGUUAGAAUCACCUUUGGCAGGAAUUACAGCUGUGAGUAUUUCUGGGUAAGUCUGUAAGAGCUUUGAAUACCUGGAUUGUACAAUAUUUGCACAUUAUUAUUUUUAAAAUUCUGCUGCACGCACAAAACAAAUAUUAGACAGCAAGGCUCUUGAUCCAGGAGGGGAUUCUCUGCUGGACCAAGCAAAGGCUUGAUUUUGGAAGAAGCUAACCACAUAGAUAGAUAACUAACUAGCUACUAAAUUAGCAAAUCGAUUGCAGAGCAUUUAGCACAUUUUAGACAGUUAAAUGAGGAGUUAUAAGAUAUCUAGCUGGCAAACAUUUAGUUGUGAAUUCUAUACUGUAAUUAGAUCACCUGGUGCAUGCUGCUCAACAGUGAGUGACUCACAAGGUUCCGGUCUCUCGUCGUUGUGUGCUUGUAAACAAACACCACGUGACAUUUGACUUGGGACUACCGGUAAGCUUCAUAAUGAAAAAUUAUGUGACAAGUGAAAUGAAAAACGCAAUGUUCUUUAUCUCCUAAUGUAUUGCACAAUUUGACUGCAGGUAUUUAAUUAAAAAGUAGCUACAAAUAUUACAAUUUAUUUUAAAACUUCAAAUAAAUAGUUUCAACGGUAUUGAAAAACCAUCCCAUGUUUUUUUUCCAAAUACCCCGGUAUACGGUAUAUAUAUAGUAUACUGCCCAAGCCUAGUCUUACAGUUCAGUGGGAAAGUAUUCAGAUCCCUUCCAUUUUUCCACAUCUUGUUACGUUACAACCUUAUUCUAAAAUGGAUUAAAUAAAUAAAAAUCCUCAUCAAUCUACACACAAUAACCCAUAAUGAAAACAGGUUUUUAGAAAUGUGUAUUACAAAUGAAAAACAGAAAUACCUUAUUUAUGUAAGUGUUCAGACCCUUUGCUAUGAGACUCGAAAGUGAGCUCAGGUGCAUCCUGUUUCCAUUGAUCAUCCUUGAGAUGUUUCUACAACUUGAUUUGAGUCCACUUGUGGUAAAUUCAAUUGAUUGGACAUGAUUUGGAAAGGCACACACCUGUCUAUAUAAGGUCCCACAGUUGACAGUGCAUGUUAGAGCAAAAACCAAGCCAUGAGGUCGAAGGAAUUGUCCAUAGAGUUCUGAAACAGGAUUAUGUCGGCACAGAUCUGGGGAAGGGUACCAAAAAAUGUCUUCAGCAUUGAAGGUCCCCAAGAACACAGUGGCCUCCAUCAUUCUUAAAUGGAAGAAGUUUGGAACCACCAAUACACUUCCUAGAGCUGGCUGCCCGGCUAAACUGAGCAAUUGGAGGAGAAGGGCCUUGGUCCAGGAGGUGGCCAAGAACCUGAUGGUCACUCUGACAGAGCUAUAGAGUUCCUCUGUGGAGAUGGGAGAACCUUCCAGAAUGACAACCAUUUCUGCAGUACUCCACCAAUCAGGCCUUUUUGGUAGAGUGGCCAGACGGAAGCCUCUCCUCAGUAAAUGGCACAUGACAGCCCGCUUGGAGUUUGCCAAAAGGCACCUAAAGGACUCUCAGACCAUGAGAAACAAGAUUCUCUGGUCUGAUGAAACCAAGAUUGAACUCUUUGGCCUGAAUGCCAAGCGUCAUGUCUGGAGGAAACCUGGCACCAUCCCUACAGUGAAGCAUGGUGUUGGUAGCAUCAUGCUGUGGGGAUGUUUUUCAGUGGCAGGGACUGGGAGACUAGUCAGGAUCGAGGGAAAGAUGAAUGGAGCAAAGUAAAGAGAGAUCCUUGAUGAAAACCUGCUCCAGAGUGCUCAGGACCUCAGACUGGGACGAAAGUUCACCUUCCAACAGGACAACGACCCUAAGCACACAGCCAAGACAAUGCAGGAGUGGCUUCGGGACAAGUCUCUGGAUGUCCUUGAGUGAACAUCUCUGGAGAGACCUGAAAAUAGCUGUGCAGGUACUCUGCCCAUCCAACCUGACAAAGCUUGAGAGGAUCUGCAGAGAAAAAUGGGAGUAACUCCCUAAAUACAGGUGUGCCAAGCUUGUAGCAUCAUACCCAAAAAGACUCAAGGCUGUAAUCGCUGCCAAAGGUGCUUCAAUAAAGUACUGAGUAAAUGAUCUGAAUACUUAUGUAAAUGUGAUAUUUCAUUUUCAUCUAAACCUGUUUUUGCUUUGUCAUUAUGGGGUAUUGUGUGUGGAUUGAGGUAAAAACACAAGAUUUUAGAAUAAGGCUGUAACGUAACAAAAUGUGGAAAAAGUCAAGGGGUCUGAAUACUUUCCAAAUGCAGUGUAAGUUUGGGUUUCAAGAUCUGGAUCUUGGACUUCUACUCAAGUCAUUGUCUGAGUCUUUAAGGUUUUGUUAUGGUGGUCUUGACCCCCCCCCUCUACUCUUUGUUCAGGUGGAGAGGAGUUCAGUGGUUCUCACCCCCACUUCCUGACCCCCCGGGCCCUCUACCUGGUGGUGUACGACCUGAGUAAGGGGGCGGCCCAGGUGGAAGCGCUCAAACCCUGGCUCUUCAACAUCAAGGUGAGUCACACCUAGGACUGUGGCGGUCACAACAUUUUGUCAGUACUAACAUGUUCCAUUAGCGGGAAAACACCAUUAUCAAAAGUGACCACAAAUGCGAUUAUGCAUGUAAUGCUUUUAUUACAAAGGUGCAUUUUUAUGGUGAAAAUUAUCUUCCCCAAACUUGAAACUCACGCGCUGCUUAUGUAUGCCAGUUAGGCUCUACACCCCUUGUAAAGCAGAUUAAUGUGCUUAAUUUUAAGAAGUUAUUUGGCCACUUUAGUUGUGAUACACACCUUAUCAAAACAUAUAGGCCUAUGGGCUAGGCUACAUGAGGUAUAUAAUCUUGUCUUUACAUAUAUGGAAUAAUAUGUGUGAAUUUGUAUUUAUUUAGAAUGGACCAUUAUCAUGCACAUGUCUCAAAACAGGGGCAGCGGGAAAAAAUACAUGUAAUCUAUGUACUUAAAUAGCGAAUGGAGGAAAUUUUUCCUGUGGUUCAUUUUCAUGCCAGCCAGGUAGGCUAUACUCAUGUUGUAAAGAUAAGCAAUGUGCUUAAUAUUAGGAAAGUUGAGAAAUAAAUAUAGUAGGCCUAGCCUAUAGAAAGCUGAUGGGAUCCUCCUCUUUUUAAUAGAGGCCAUCACUCUGUUUUCUCGCACAAUUGCAUAGCCUAUAGAAAUGUUGCACUCAUGGGCUCUCAUGAAGUGUUUGAUUAGAUUUUCGAUUACGUUUGCAUUGAUGUCAGAGUGAUUAGUAGGACAAUAGAGUGCUGAGUACAAGGCAGUUAGCAAGUUUGGUAGGCUACUAAUGACCAUCAGCAGCAUCAGAGCUUGGAGAAGCCUAACUACCGUGACUAAACGGUCAUGUGGAAUUUGACUGCCUUCAUGACUCGUGACCGCCGGUAUGGCGGUAAUACAGUCACCGCAACAGCCCUAGUCACACCCAAAACAUGGUUACAGUAUUUUGUAAAUGUUUUGUUGUUUUUUGUUACAAUUGCAUACAUUUUCGUACUGGUCCCCUGUGGGAAUCGAACCCACAACGGGAAGUAGUAUUUGUUACCUUACAAAUACUUUGUUCUCGAUUGAGCUUGCCUGGAGCAAUGAAACCAGUGGAAUAAACCCUAAAGUGCAUCGCAAACCCUCCCAUCUGGCACUCCAGACAGGCUCAAUCAAAUGUUCAAUGUAUUUUAAAGAACACAAUUCCAUAAUGAAUGUCUCUCAUGUCGUCACUUCCUGUUGAACGCGGAACGAGGGAGAGCUCGGUUUGUUGUUUUUGAAAGUUUGUUGUUUUGAAAGUCUAUUGAAAAAAAGUUUGGUUACUAGCUAGCUACCUUUUUGAGUUUGGAUCCCGCGACGCGGUUGGCAUCAGUUUCUGGGACCGCUACUAUCUGUCCAGUGAUCCUGCUGACCAAGGCCGGGUCUGAGGAGCUGUUUGGCGUAGCAGCUAGCUUAGCUGCUAGCUAGCUGCCUAUCAAGCUAGCAAGGUUUUCUUGAGGGAUUGAACGCAGCCCGCGACACAGUUAGCCAUUGUGGCUGGUACCGUGGAUUGUCCCGGGCUUGUGGCUGUCUAGACCCCUGCUGUUUGUUGUUUUCAAUCUUCCCUGUGACCUGCCCUGUCUGGAACUACGAGGAGUAACAGCGUAAUCUACGUUGUUACCAUGACAAAGACCAAAGCCGGCAGGAGUACUGUUGAGGACAGUGGUGUCUCUCUAUCACAGGUGAAGGGUCUUUUAAACGAACAAAAAGUGUUCAACGAGCAGUUGUUACAACAACAAGAAAAUAGCUUCAAGUGUUUUGUCCAAAUACAGGUGGAGUCAACUAAUAAAAUAAUGGACGACCUGACCAGAGAGGUCCAGGACCUGAAGAAAAGUUUGCAGUUCUCCCAGGGUCAGCUCGAUGAGUUUAAACAGGAGAAUGGCAAGAUGAUAGCGAUCUGUAAGUCAUUGAGAGAGGACAUCAGUUCUGUAUGUGAAUCCAUGAUAACAAUGACGGUGAAAGCAGAUUACCUCGAGGGACAUUCAAGGCAGAACAACGUGGUUAUGGACGGAAUUGCAGAAUCUCCACAUGAGACCUGGACUGAGUCUGAUGACAAAGUGAGGAAAAUGAUCUUGGAGAAACUGAAGAUGGACCAUAGGAUGAUUGAGGUGGAGUGCACCGCCAGGACUGCAAAAACCCACCACCGGCCCAGAAAACCCACCACCGGCCCAGGUGACAGGCCCAUGCCGAUAGUGGUCAAGUUCCUGAGGUUCAAGGACAAAGUAGCUGGAAAGGGAUGAGAGAGCCUAUGGGUUCGUAGUUUCAGCCCGCAGCACACACACACACCAAUUGAUUAAUGAAAUGCUGAAUGUAUAUUUUUUUUAUUUUGCUUUGUUUGCUCUUUUCCAUAUUAUGUCUAUCUCAGAAAAGCUACCCAGAAAAGAGCCCAUAUUAAUAUAUGUAGCCUUACAAAUAAGGUUAAUGAAAUCAAUAACUUGCUAACAUCAGAUAUCAUUCAUACAGUGGGGGAAAAAAAAGUAUUUAGUCAGCCACCAAUUGUGCAAGUUCUCCCACUUAAAAGGAUGAGAGAGGCCUGUAAUUUUCAUCAUAGGUACACGUCAACGAUGACAGACAAAUUGAGAAAAAAAAAUCCAGAAAAUCACAUUGUAGGAUUUUUAAUGAAUUUAUUUGCAAAUUAUGGUGGAAAAUAAGUAUUUGGUCACCUACAAACAAGCAAGAUUCCUGGCUCUCACAGACUUGUAACUUCUUCUUUAAGAGGCUCCUCUGUCCUCCACUCAUUACCUGUAUUAAUGACACCUGUUUGAACUUGUUAUCAGUAUAAAAGACACCUGUCCACAACCUCAAACAGUCACACUCCAAACUCCACUAUGGCCAAGACCAAAGAGCUGUCAAAGGACACCAGAAACAAAAUUGUAGACCUGCACCAGGCUGGGAAGACUGAAUCUGCAAUAGGUAAGCAGCUUGGUUUGAAGAAAUCAACUGUGGGAGCAAUUAUUAGGAAAUGGAAGACAUACAAGACCACUGAUAAUCUCCCUCGAUCUGGGGCUCCACGCAAGAUCUCACCCCAUGGGGUCAAAAUGAUCACAAGAACGGUGAGCAAAAAUCCCAGAACCACACGGGGGGACCUAGUGAAUGACCUGCAGAGAGCUGGGACCAAAGUAACAAAGCCUACCAUCAGUAACACACUACGCCGCCAGGGACUCAAAUCCUGCAGUGCCAGACAUGUCCCCCUGCUUAAGCCAGUACAUGUCCAGGCCUGUCUGAAGUUUGCUAGAGUGCAUUUGGAUGAUCCAGAAGAGGAUUGGGAGAAUGUCAUAUGGUCAGAUGAAACCAAAAUAGAACUUUUUGGUAAAAACUCAACUCGUCGUGUUUGGAGGACAAAGAAUGCUGAGUUGCAUCCAAAGAACACCAUACUUACUGUGAAGCAUGGGGGUGGAAACAUCAUGCUUUGGGGCUGUUUUUCUGCAAAGGGACCAGGACGACUGAUCCGUGUAAAGGAAAGAAUGAAUGGGGCCAUGUAUCGCGAGAUUUUGAGUGAAAACCUCCUUCCAUCAGCAAGGGCAUUGAAGAUGAAAUGUGGCUGGGUCUUUCAGCAUGACAAUGAUCCCAAACACACCGCCCGGGCAACGAAGGAGUGGCUUCGUAAGAAGCAUUUCAAGGUCCUGGAGUGGCCUAGCCAGUCUCCAGAUCUCAACAGCAUAGAAAGUCUUUGAAGGGAGUUGAAAGUCCGUGUUGCCCAGCGACAGCCCCAAAACAUCACUGCUCUAGAGGAGAUCUGCAUGGAGGAAUGGGCCAAAAUACCAGCAACAGUGUGUGAAAACCUUGUGAAGACUUACAGAAAACGUUUGACCUGUGUCAUUGCCAACAAAGGGUAUAUAACAAAGUAUUGAGAAACUUUUGUUAUUGACCAAAUACUUAUUUUCCACCAUAAUUUGCAAAUAAAUUCAUAAAAAAUCCUACAAUGUGAUUUUCUGGAUUUUUUUUCCUCAUUUUGUCUGUCAUAGUUGACGUGUACCUAUGAUGAAAAUUACAGGCCUCUCUCAUCUUUUUAAGUGGGAGAACUUGCACAAUUGGUGGCUGACUAAAUACUUGUUUUCCCCACUGUAUAUUAGCCAUUUCUGAGACUCACUUAGAUAAUUCAUUUGAUGAUACAAUACAAGGAUAUAACGUCUAUAGAAGAGACAGGAAUGCUUAUGGGGGAGGUGUUGCUGUAUAUAUUCAGAGCCAUAUCCCUGUAAUGCUUAGAGAAGAUCUUAUGUCCAGUGUUAUUGAAGUGUUGUAGUUGCAGGUUCACCUGGCACAUCUAAACCCUUUUCUUUUGGCGUGUUGCUAACAGUCAGUAUAUAAAUAAUAUGUGUGAAAUGCUUGAUAGUGUAUGUGAUGUAAACAGAGAGGUCUACUUUCUUGGGGACCUGAAUAUUGACUGGUUUUCAUCAAGCUGUCCGCUCAAGAGGAAGCUUCUCACUGUAACCAGUGUCUGUAAUCUGGUUCAGGUUAUUAAUAAACCUACUAGGGUGUUUACAAACACUACAAGAACAAGAUCAUCCACAUGUAUCGAUCACAUUUUUACUAAUACUGUAGAACUUUGUUCUAAAUCUGUAUCCGUACCCAUUGGAUGCACUGAUCACAAUAUAGUGGCUUUAUCCAGGAAGCCAAAGUUCCAAAAGCUGGGCCUAAAAUAGUGUAUAAGAGAUCAUAUAAAAUAUUUAUGUGGAUGAUGUUAAAAUAUUUGUUGGUCUGAUGUGAUUAAUAAGAAGCAUCCAGACGCUGCACAUUUAAUAAUUUAUGAAAUUGCUUCUUCCAAUUAUUGAUAAACAUGCACCUGUUAAGAAACUGACCGUUAGAACUGUUAAGGCUCCAUGGAUUGAUCAGGAAUUGGAAAACUGUAUGGUUGAAAGAGAUGGGGCAAAAGGAGUGGCUAAUAAGUCUGGCUGGCUGACUUACUGCAAAUGUUGAAAUGAUGUGACUAAACUCAAUAAAAAGAUGAAGAAACUGUAUUAUGAAGCCAAGAUCAAUGAUAUAAAGAAUUAUGGGAAAAAACAAUGUACUUUAAAUGAAAUUAUGUGCACAAAGACAAAUUCAUCGAAUCAGAUGGCAUAUUCAUCACAAAACCAUUUAAUGUUGCCAAUUAUUUGAAUGAUUACUUCAUUAGCAAACUUAGGCAGGAAAUGCCAACAACGAACAGUGAGCGAUCGUACUCAUGUAUAAAAAAACGAAUAAUGAAAGAAAAGCAUUGCAAGUUAGAAUUUUGUAAAGUUAGUAUGUGAGAGGUGGAAAAGUGAUUGUUAUUGAUCAAUAAUGACAAACCUCCUGGCAUUGACAACGUAGAUGGAAAGCUACUGAGGAUGGUAGCUGACUCUAUAGCCACUCCUAUCUGUCAUAUCUUUAAUCUGAGCCUAGAGUAGUCUUUGUCCUCAGGCCUGGAGGGAAGCCAAAGUCAUUCCGCUACCCAAGAGGGGAAAAGCAGCCUUUACUGGUUCUAACAGCAGACCUAUCAGCUUGCUGCCAGCUCUUAGCAAACAGUUGGAAAAAAUUGUGUUUGACCAAAUACAAUGCUACUUCUCUGUAAACAAAUUAACAACAGACUUUCAGCAUGAUUAUAGAGAAGGACACUCAACAUGUACUGCACUGACACAAAUGACUGAUGAUUGGUUGAAAGAAAUGGAUAAUAAGAAGAUUGUGGGAGCUGUACUGUUAGAUUUCAGUGCAGCCUUUGAUACUAUUGACCAUAACCCAUUGUUGAGUUGAAAAAGCGUAUGUGUUAUGGCUUUUCAACCUCACCAUAUCGUGGAUUUAGAGCUAUCUAUCUAAUAGAACUCAGAGGGUUUUCUUUAAUGGAAGCUUCUCUAAUGUCAAACAUGUAAAGUGUGGUGUACCGCAAGGCAGCUCUCUAGGCCCCUCCUCUAUUUUCUUAUUUUACCAAUGACCUGCCACUGGCAUUAAACAAAGCAUGUGUGUCCAUGUUUGCUGAUGAUUCAACCAUAUAUGCAUCAGCAACCACAGCUAAUGAAGUCACUGAUACCAUUAACAAAGAGUUGCAGUCUGUAUUGGAAUGGGUGGCCAGUAAUAAACUGGUCCUGAACAUCUCUAAAACUAAGAGCAUUGUAUUUGGUACAAAUCAUUCCCUAAGUUCUAAACCUCAGCUGAAUCUGGUACUGAAUGGUGUGGCUGUUGAACAAGUUGGGGAGACUAAAUUACUUGGUGUUACCUUAAACUGUCAUGGUCAAAACAUAUAGAUUCAAUGGUUGUAAAGAUGGGGAGAGGUCUGUCCGUAAUAAAGAGAUGCUCUGCUUUUUUGACACCACACUCCACAAAGCAAGUCCUGCAGGCUUUAGUUUUAUCUUAUCUUGAUUAAUGUCCAGUCAUAUGGUCAAGUGGUGCAAAGAAAGACCUAGUUAUGCUGCAGCUGGCCCAAAACAGAGCGGCAAGUCUUGCUCUUCAUUGUAAUCAGAGAGCUAGUAUUAAUACUAUGCAUACCAGUCUCUCUUGGCUAAGAGUUGAGGAAAGACUGACUGCGUCACUUCUUGUUUUUAUAAGAAAUGUUCGAAAUUCCAAAUUAUUUGCAUAGUCAAUUUACACACAGCACUGACACACACACUUACCCCACCAGACAUGCCACCAGGAGUCUUUUCACAGUCCCCAGGUCCAGAACAAAUUCAAGGAAACUUGAAACUUGAAAAGUAUUAUACAGAGCCAUGAGUGCAUGGAACUCCCUUCCAUCUUAUAUAGCGCGUCGGCUAAUGGCUAAUGGGGAUCCUAAUUUUAAAUAAAUGUAAUCUCGAAAUGCUUCCAUUUACUAUUGCAUCAUAAUGCUAUAUCUUACUAUGUUUGUCCAUGUGUAUGUGUAGGCGGUGGCCCCACUGUCUCCAGUCAUCCUGGUGGGGACACACACAGACGUGAGUGAGGACAUCCAGCUGCAGGCCUGCCUGGAUAAGAUCCGCCAGGAGCUCCUCAACCACCAGGGCUUCCCUGCCAUCCGGGACUACCACAUGGUGGCGGUGUGCGAGGACUCGGACUCCAUCGGCAGACUCCGCAAGGCCAUCGCCAGGGAGGUCGCCAGCUUCAAGGUAGCUAGUGUUGUUAGCGCUAACAUUUACAGUAUUUACACUAUCCAGAACUUCCACUGAUGUUCCAAAUAUACCCUCAACCCUUUCCUUGCUCUAGUUUGCCUAAAAUGCCAAUCCUUUAUGACAGCUUUGUUAGUAGCUUUGACUUAUUUCACUGGUCCACGUAAGUUCCAUGCACAGCACUGUGUGUGCAAAGCCACUAUACCUUUUAGUGACCCACCCCUCUCGCUCCCGCUCUCCCCAGAUCCAAGGGCAGCUGGUGAUGGGGCAGCUGGUCCCAGAAAGCUAUUUGGAGCUCGAGAGAAGGGUGCUGCUGGAGAGGGCCAAGGUGCCGGGGGAGUUCCCCGUGCUCAGACACCAAUAUCUGCUACAGCUCAUCCAGGAGAGCCAGAUACAGCUGGAGGAGGCUGAGCUAACUCACGCUGUACACUUCCUCAGCGAGGCCGGUCAGUGGGGCGGGGUGUGUGUGCAUGUGUUUGUGGGUAAUUGGUUUCUUCAUUGAUGUGUUGGAAUCCUCUGGUCCUCAUUGCGCUGGUGCUAUUGUCCUCACAACGUAGGAAAUAUAUCUAUGUCAUCUGUUCAUAGUACAGCCAGGUAUUUAUUUGUCUGUUUAUAGGAGUCCUUCUGCACUUUGACGACCCGGCCCUCCAACUCAGAGAACUCUACUUUAUCGACCCACAGUGGCUUUGCAACAUAAUCUCACAGGUAGAGACACACACACACACACACACACACACACACACACACACACUAAAGGAGGCUGCUCAGGGGAGGACGGGUCACAAUCAUGUCUGGAAUGAAGUGAAUGGAACAGUAUCAUCCACAUGGAAACCAAGUGUUUGAUGUGUUCGACACCAUUCAAUUUAUUCCGUUCCAGCCAUUAAAAUGAGCCGGCCGGUCCUCCCCAAUGAAGUUGCCACCUGUGACACACACACACACUGACCUCAUUCACUCACUGCCUCCUCUUUCUCUCUCCGUGUAGAAAUGGACUCUGAAAAGCUCUGGGUUCUGGGAGCAUCCCAAAGGCGUAGUCCAGCGCUCUGUAGUGGAGCGAUUCCUAUUUGAGAGUAAGUGUUUCCCCAAGAGCCACCUGACCCAGUACUUUAAACUGCUGGAAAAGUUCCAGAUCGCCCUGCCCUUCGGAGAGGACCAGCUCCUAGUGCCUAGCAAGUAAGAGGCAUACCAUUUAGUUGAUCUUAGUAUUGUUUGAGCCAAAAUGGCAGAUGCGUUUUCUGAACUCUGUAUCUACUGAAUGGAAACUCUCAGCCAUAUUGUCUCAAAACCUCCUUGCCAAGCCUAAACCAUGCUGAUUGUCUUGUCCUUCCCCCACAGUCUCUCCAAACACCGGCCAGUGAUUGAGCUGCCCCACUGUGAGAACUCUGAGGUCAUUGUUCGUCUCUAUGAGAUGCCCUACUUCCCCAUGGGCUACUGGUCCAGACAGAUCAACCGCCUACUGGAGGUCUCCUCAUACAUGCUUUGUGGCAGAGGUACUAAUGCUGACAUUAAAGGGAUAAUUACUUAGGUUGUUGUCGUUUCAUUCAAAGUUCAUUAGCUGGUAAUUUUGCCUCGUGCAGAAUCUCCUGGCUAGUAAUUUUUAGAACAUGUAGCAAAGCUACUGGAAACUGAUUCUAUCAGUACUGUAUACACUGAGUGUACAAAACAUUAGGAACACCUUCCUACUAUUGAGUUGCACCCCCCUUUUUGCCUCAAUUCGUUGGGGCAUGGACUCUACAAGGUGUCAAAAGCGUUCCACAGGGAUGCUGGCCCAUGUUGACUCCAAUGCUUCCCACAGUUAUGUCAAGUUGGCUGGAUGUCCUUUGGGUGGUGGACCAUUCUUGAUACACACGGGAAACUGUUGGGUGUGAAAAACCCAUCAGUGUUGCAGUUCUUGACACAAACAGGUGCGCCUGGCACCCACUACCAUACCCUGUUCAAAGGCACUAUUUUGUCUUGCCCAUUUACCCUCUGAAUGGCACACAUCCAUGUCUCAAGGCUUAAAAAUCAUUCUUUAACCUAUCUCUCCUUCAUCUACACUGAUUGAAGUGGAUUUAACAGGUGACAUCAAUAAGGGAUCAUGGCUUUCACCUGGAUUCACCUGGUCAGUCUAUGUCAUGGAAAGAGCUUUUUUUGUACACUCAGUGUAUAUGGCUCUGAGUCGCCCCAUUGUUGUUGUGUUGGUCUAGAGAGAGUGCUGCGUCCCAACCGUAUCUACUGGAGGAGAGGCAUCUACCUGAGCUGGUCUCCUGAGUCCUACUGUCUGGUGGAGGCUACUAACCUAGAGGGCAACCCUGCCAGCUUCGUCAAGAUCACCGUGCCCUGCUCACGCAAAGGUACUGGAACAGCACCACAGCCUAGAGAAUAAGGGAUCCAUACUGACAUGGAAAAGCUGUAAACACUAGUUUAAAGAAAAUAAAAAGACAUUGAAUUUAUAAUUUGGGUUGUGAGCUGAAAAUGUUUAAGAACCCCCGCUUUGAUAAACUGCAUAUAAUAUAAUAUAUUGCAAUAAAGAGUGAGAUAGAUCAUCAGUUGGAGGUGGUGAUGAUGAUGAUGAUGGUGAUGGUUGUCAAAUCAAAUAAUAUGAUAUAAUAAGAUAUGGAACAUCUUAUCUUACAAAGUUGCAAUUAUCAAAUAAAAUGGUGUUUGUCACAUGCUUCGUAAACAACAGGUGUAGACUAACAGUGAAAUGUUUACUUAUGGAUCCGUUUCCAACUAUGCAGAAUUAAAAUAGAUUGAAAUAGUGACAUAGUGACACAGGAAUAAGUACACAGUGAAUAAUGAAUAACAAUAACGAGUAAAAAUAACAUGGCUAUAUACAGGAAGUACCAGUACUGAGUCGAUGUGCAGGGAUAUGAGGUAAUUGAGGUAGCUAUGUACGUAUAGCUCCCGAGUGGCGCAUCGGUCUAAGGCACUGCAGUGCUAGAAGCGUCACUACAGACCCCGGUUCGAUUCCAGGCUGUAUCACAAUCCAGCCGUGAUUGGGAGUCCCAUAGGGCGGCGCACAAUUGGCCCAGCGUUGUUCGGGUAUGGCAGGGGUAGGCCGUCGUUGUAAAUAAGAAUUUGUUCUUAACUGACUUGCCUAGUUAAAUAAAAAUAAAAUACAAAUAUUGGUAGGGGUGAAGUGACUACGCAACAGGAUAGAUAAUAGACAGUAUCAGCGUAUGUGGUGUGUGUGUAUGUAUGUAUGUAUGUAUGUAUGUAUAUUUGGACACACCUACUCAUUCAAGAGUUUUUCUAUAUUUUUACAAUUUUUUACAUUGUAGAAUAAAAGUGAAGACAUCAAAACUAUGAAAUAACACAUGGAAUCAUGUAGUAACCAAACAAUUGUUAAGCAAAUCAAAAUAUAUUUUAUUUCUGAGAUUCUUCAAAUAGCCACCCUUUGCCUUGAUGACAGCUUUGCACAUUCUUGGCAUUCUCUCAACCAGUUUCACCUGGAAUGCUUUUCCAACUGUCUUGAUGGAGUUACCACAUAUGCUGAGCACUUGUUGGCUGCUUUUCCUUCCACUCUGCGGUCCGACUCAUCCCAAACCAUCUCAAUUGGGUUGAGGUCGGGGGAUUGUUGUGGCCAGGUCAUCUGAUGCAGCACUCCAUCACUAUCCUUCUUGGUAAAAUAACCCUUACACAGCCUGGAGGUGUGUUGGGUCAUUGUCCUGUUGACAAACAAAUGAUAGUCCCACUAAGCCCAAACCAGAUGGGAUGGCGUAUCGCUGUAGAAUGCUGUGGUAGCCAUGCUGGUUAAGUGUGCCUUGAAUUCUAAAUAAAUCACAGACGGUGUCACCAGCAAAGCACCCCCACACCAUAACACCUCCUCCUCCAUGCUUUAUGGUGGAAAUACACAUGCAGAGAUCAUCCGUUCACCCACACCGUGUCUCAGAAAGACGCGGCGGUUGGAACAAAAAAUCUCCAAUUUGGACUCCAGACCAAAGGACACAUUUCCACCGGUCUAAUGUCCAUUGCUCGUGUUUCUUGGCCCAAGCAGGUCUCUUCUUAUUAUUGGUGUCCUUUAGUAGUGGUUUCUUUGCAGCAAUUCGGCCAUGAAGGCCUGAUUCACACAGUCCCCUCUGAACAGUUGAUUUUGAGAUGUGUCUGUCACUUGAACUGUGUGAAGCAUUUAUUUGGGCUGCAAUUUCUGAGGCUGGUAACUAAUUAAUUUAUCCUCUGCAGCAGAGUUAACUCUGGGUCUUCCAUUCCUGUGGCGGUCCUCAUGAGAACCAGUUUCAUCAUAGUGCUUGAUGGUUUUUGCGACUGCACUUGAAUAAACUUUCAAAGUUCUUGAAAUGUUCUGUAUUGACUGACCUUCAUGUCUUAAAGUAAUGAUGGACUGUCGUUUCUCUUUGCUUAUUUGAGCUGUUCUUGCCAUAAUAUGGACUUGGUCUUUUACCAAAUAGGGCUAUCUUCUGUAUACCCCCCCCCCUUCCUUUGUCACAACACAACUGAUUGGCUCAAACGCAUUAAGAAGGAAAGAAAUUCCACAAAUUAACUUUUAAGAAGGCACCUGUUAAUUGAAAUGCAUUCCAGGUGACUACCUCAUGAAGCUGGUUGAGAGAAUGCCAAGAGUGUGCAAAGCUGUCAUCAAGGCAAAGGGUGGCUAUUUGAAGAAUCUCAAAUAUACAGUGAGGGAAAAAAGUAUUUGAUCCCCUGCUGAUUUUGUACGUUUGCCCACUGACAAAGAAAUGAUCAGUCUAUCAUUUUAAUGGUAGGUUUAUUUGAACAGUGAGAGACAGAAUAACAAAACAAAAAUCCAGAAAAACCCAUGUCAAAAAUGUUAUAAAUUGAUUUGCGUUUUAAUGAGGGAAAUACGAAUUUGACCCCCUCUCAAUCAGAAAGAUGUCUGGCUCCCAGGUGUCUUUUAUACAGGUAACGAGCUGAGAUUAGGAGCACACUCUUAAAGGGAGUGCUCCUAAUCUCAGUUUGUUACCUGUAUAAAAGACACCUGUCCACAGAAGCAAUCAAUCAAUCAGAUUCCAAACUCUCCACCAUGGCCAAGACCAAAGAGCUCUCCAAGGAUGUCAGGGACAAGAUUGUAGACCUACACAAGGCUGGAAUGGGCUACAAGACCAUCGCCAAGCAGCUUGGUGAGAAGGUGACAACAGUUGGUGCGAUUAUUCGCAAAUGGAAGAAACACAAAAUAACUGUUAAUCUCCCUCGGCCUGGGGCUCCAUGCAAGAUCUCACCUCGUGGAGUUGCAAUGAUCAUGAGAACGGUGAGGAAUCAGCCCAGAACUACACGUGAGGAUCUUGUCAAUGAUCCCCCUGCUCAAGAAAGCACAUAUACAGGCCCGUCUGAAGUUUGCCAAUGAACAUCUGAAUGAUUCAGAAGAGAUCUGGGGGAAAGUGUUGUGGUCAGAUGAGACCAAAAUGGAGCUCUUUGGCAUCAACUCAACUCGCCAUGUUUGGAGGAGGAGGAAUGCUUCCUAUGACCCCAAGAACACCAUCCCCACCGUCAAACAUGGAGGUGGAAACAUUAUGCUUUGGGGGUGUUUUUCUGCUAAGGGGACAGGACAACUUCACCGCAUUAAAGGGACGAUGGACGGGGCCAUGUACCGUCAAAUCUUGGGUGAGAACCUCCUUCCCUCAGCCAGGGCAUUGAAAAUGGGUCGUGGAUGGGUAUUCCAGCAUGACAAUGACCCAAAAUACACGGCCAAGGCAACAAAGGAGUGGCUCAAGAAGAAGCACAUUAAGGUCCUGGAGUGGCCUAGCCAGUCUCCAGACCUUAAUCCCAUAGAAAAUCUGUGGAGGGAGCUGAAGGUUCGAGUUGCCAAACGUCAGGCUCGAAACCUUAAUGACUUGGAGAAGAUCUGCAAAGAGGAGUGGGACAAAAUCCCUCCUGAGAUGUGUGCAAACCUGGUGGCCAACUACAAGAAACAUCUGACCUCUGUGAUUGCCAACAAGGGUUUUGCCACCAAGUACUAAGUCAUGUUUUGCAGAGGGGUCAAAUACUUAUUUCCCUCAUUAAAAUGCAAAUCAAUUUAUAACAUUUUUGACAUGCGUUUUUCUGGAUUAUUUUGUUGUUAUUCUGUCUCUCACUGUUCAAAUAAACCUACCAUUCAAAUUAUAGACUGAUCAUGUCUUUGUCAGUGGGCAAACGUACAAAAUCAGCAGGGGAUCAAAUACUUUUUUCCCUCACUGUAAAAUAUAUUUAGAUUUGUUUAAGACUUCUUUGGUUACUAGAUUAUUCCAUAUGUGUUAUUUCAUAGUUUUGAAGUCUACAAUGUAGAAAAUAGUAAAAAUAAAGAAAAACCCUUGAAUGAGUAGAUGUGUCCAAGCUUUUGACUGGUACUGUAUGUGUGUGUGUGGUUAGAGUCCAGUGUGUGUGCAUAGUCAGUGCAAGAGAGUUAGUGCAAAAAAGGGUCCAUGCAGGUAGUCAUUUGAUUAGCUAUUUAGCAGUUUUGUUUAGCAGUCUGAUGGCUUGGGAGUAGACGCUGUUCAGGGUCCUGUUGGUUCAAGACUUGAUGCACUGGUACCGCUUGCCGUGCGGUAGCAGAGAGAACAGUCUAUGGCUUGGGUGGCUGGAGUCAUAUAAUUGUUUUGGGGCCUUCCUCUGACACCGGCUGGUAUAGAGGUCCUGGAUGGCAGAGAGCUCGGCCCUAGUGAUGUACUGGGACAUACUCACUACCCUCUGUAGUGCCUUGCGGUCGGGUGCCUUGCAGUUGCCGUACAAAGCGGUGAUGCAACCAGUCAAGAUGCUAUAAAUUGUGCAACUGUAUAACUUUUUGAGGAUCUGAGAGCCCAUGCCAAAUCAUUUCAGCCUCCUGAGGGGGAAGAGGUGCUGUCAUGCCCUCUUCACAGCUGUGGGGGUGUGUGUGGACCAUGUUAAUUCCAUAGUGAUGUGGACAAAGAGGAACUCUCGACAGCUCUCGACCCGCUCCACUAAAGCCCCAUCGAUGUGGAUGGGGGCAUGUUCGCCGCUCGGUUUCCUGUAGUCCACAAUCAGCUCUUUUGUCUUGCUGAUGUUGAGGGAGAGGUUGUUGACCUGGCAACACACUGCCAGGUCUCUGACCUCAUCCCUAUAGGCUGCCUCAUCAGAAAACUUGAUGAUGGUGUUUGGUGAGUCGUGAGCGGCCACGCAGUCGUGGGUGAACAGGGAAUACAGGAGGGGACUAAGCACACACCCUUGAGGGGCCCCUGUGUUGAUGGUCAACAUGGCGGAUGUGUUGUUGCCUACCCUCACCUCCUGGGGGAGGUCCGUCAGGAAGUCCAGGAUUCAGUUGCAGCGGGAGGUGUUCAGUCCCAGGGUCUGGGAGCUUGUUGAAGAGCUUGGAGGGGACUUUGGUGUUGAGCGCUGAGCUAUAGUAAAUGAACAGCAUUCUUACAUAGGUAUUCCUUUUGUCUAGGUGGGUGAGGGCAGUGUGGAGUGCAAUAGAGAUUGUGUCAUCUGUGGAUCUGUUAGGGCGGUAUGCGAAUUGGAGUGGGUCCAGGGUGUCUGGGAUGAUAUUGUUGAUGUGAGCCAUGACCAACCUUUCAAAGCAUUUCAUGGCUAUAGAUGUGAGUGCUACGGGGCGAUAGCCAUUUAGGCAGGUUGCCUUGGCGUUCUUGGGCACAGGGACUAUGGUGGUCUGCUUGAAACAAGUUUGUAUUAUAGACCGGGUCAGGGAUAGGUUGAAAAUGCCAGUGAAGACACUUGCCAGCUGGUCAGCAAAUGCUCAGAGUACACGUCCUGGUAUUCCGUCCCCCGGCCUUGCGAAUAUUAACCUGUUUAAUGGUCUUACAUCGGCUACGGAGAGCGAGAUCACACAGUCGUCCGGAACAGCGGGUGCUCUCAUGCAUGGUUCAGUGUUGCUUGCAUUGAAGCGAGCAUUGAAGGCCUUUAGUUCAUCUGGUAGGCUUGCGUCACUGGGUAGCUCGCGGCUGGGUUUCCCAUUGUAAUGAGUGAUAGUUUGUAAGCCCUGCCACAUCUGUUGAGCAUCAGAGCCGGCAUAGAAGGAUUCGAUCUUAGUCCUGUAUUGACGCUUUGCCUAUUUGAUUGCUUGUCGGAGGUCGUAGCAGGAUUUCUUAUAAGCGUCCGGAAUGGUGUCCCGUUCCUUGAAAGUGGCAGCUCUUUAGCUCAAUACAGAUGUUGUGUGUUACUGGGUCAAGUGGUAGUGGUGGUGAUGAUGGUUGUGUUACUCCUCAGGUCAUAUGUUAAUGGGUCAGGUGGUGGACCAUGUUGACUCUCUCUUGGAGGAGUGGUUCCCUGGUCUCCUCACCACUGAUAUCCAUGGCAAUGGAGAGACCCUGCUGAAGAAAUGGGCGCUGUACAGCUUCAAGGAUGGACAGGAGUGGAGCAAGAUGCUGCUGGAGGACCUGUUCACUCACAUAGAUAAAGGUAUGUCUGUUAACGCUUGGAUUUGACACAAUUGAUACCUGUGUUAGUCAUGUUUCUAAAAUAUCAUAAUUGAAAUCAAUCACAACAGUUUGGUAACACUACUACAAACAAUUGUGGAUGUUCUUAAAUUAAUGGGAGAGCUACUUUAAUAGUGAAUGUAACAAUAUCUUAAAGGUCUAAUGCAGACGUUUUUAUCUCAAUAUCAAAUCACCUUACUGUGAUUGUUUGCAAUUAAAAUGAUCAAAAAUAAACAAAAAUAGCUUCUUAGCAAAGAACAAUUUCUCAAGCAAUAGUUUUGCUAGGACUGUCUGGGAGUGGUCUGAGUGGGGAUGGAAAACAGAAAACUAGCUGUUAUUGGCAGAGAGGUUUGGAACUCUCUUUCUUAUUGGUCUAUUAACUAUGAUGUCACCAGGCAGGCCAAAACUCCAUCCCACCAAAACAGGCUGAAAUUUCAGGCGGUCUUUUCAAACAGCUCUUACGCUAAAAGGGCGUUAUUCAAAUGUUCAAAAUCUCACAGUAUUAUACCAACAUCAUAGUGUGGAAAUGUAUAUAGAACACAGGAAAAUCACGUUUUUGACCCCACUGGACCUUUAACUUCUGCCUAAUCUCUCUUUUCCACUCUCCUUCCCUCCUAUAGACUGUCUUUUGGUAAACCCGGAGGACCCUCGCUGCACAGUGCCCAUCUCUCAGAUUGCUCCAGACCUGAUCCUCAGUGACCUGCCUGCUGGAACCAUCCUGGACAGUGAGGAGCUUGAGAUAGACCUUACCAAGGAGAACCUGCUGGGUCAGUUACAAUAAUAAUUAGAUUUGUAUCGUGUUUUCCAUUUACAGGCAGAAAUCACAAAGCUCUUAGAAAGCUCAGAAAGCUCUGUGGGACUGUAGUCUCUUUCAACAGCUGCAGUGUCAAUGACACGAAUUUGUUCAUUUUCUGAAUGUAGGGGAUGGGGGUUUUGGGUCUGUCUAUCGAGGCGUCUACAAAAAUGAAGAGGUGGCAGUGAAGAUUUUCAACAAGCAUGCCUCUGAGCUCUAUAUACAUCGACUACUCCGACAGGUAAUGUAAUAAUCUGAAUGAGGUGUUUUAGUGUCGGGCAGGAAUGGCUGGAGAAUAGCUCCAGGACCAGCAAGGUUUUGUGAUAUAGAGAAAAAAAGGCUUAUAUGGUCCUGGAGAAGCUACAUCAGCAUUGAGGUUGGGGUCAAUUUGGGAAAUUUUGGUUACUUCCUGUCACGAUCGCUGACAGAUGAAGCGGACCAAGGCGCAGCGUGAUAAGCGUACAUACUUUAUUGCGUACACAACAUGAACCAAAACAAUAAACCAAACGAUACGUGAAGUCCUAGGUUAUACACAAAACCUUACGGAACAAGAUCCCACCAUAAACUAGUGAAAACAGGCUGCCUAAGUAUGGACCCCAAUCAGAGACAACGAGCUACAGCUGCCUCUGAUUGGAAACCACCCUGGCCAACAUAGAUCUAAACGAUCUAGAACAAAAACAUAGAAAAUGUAACAGAAAUUCCACACCCUGGCUCAACAUUUAAGAGUCCCCCGAGCCAGGGCGUGACAGUACCCCCCCCCCCCCCCCCCCCCCCCCCCCCCCCCCCCAAAGGUGCGGACUGCGACCGCGCCACACCAACACAACGGGGUAGGGGCCGGGUGGGCAUUCCGCCUCGGAGGCGGAUCCGGCUCCGGGCGUGACCACCACUCUCUGUCUACCCCCCCCGUAGCGCCCCUGGUCUGGUCUGGCCCAGCUGACCGGUGCCGGACUGGACACCGGUGGAACAGGCACGGACCGUGCCGGACUGACGACGCGCACCACUGUCUUGGUGCGGGGAGCAGGAAUGGGCCGGACCGGGCUGGCGACGCGCACCACUGGCUUGGUGCGGGGAGCAGGAACGGGCCGGACCGGGCUGACGUCGCGCACCACAGGCUUGGUGCGGGGAGCAGGAACGGGCAGGACCGGGCUGACGACGCGCACCACAGGCUUGGUGCGAGGGACAGGAACAGACCGGACUGGGCUGACGACGCGCACCACUGGCUUGGUGCGGGGAGCAGGAACGGGCCGGACCUGGCUGACGACGCGUACCACUGGCUUGGUGCGGGGAGCAGGAACAGGCCGGGCUGGCGACGCGCACCACUGGCUUGGUGCGGGGAGCAGGAACGGGCCGGACCGGGCUGACGUCGCGCACCACUGUCUUGGUGCGGGGAGCAGGAACAGGCCGGACCGGGCUGGCGACGCGCACCACUGGCUUGGUGCGGGGAGCAGGAACGGGCCGGACUGGGCUGACGUCGCGCACCACUGUCUUGGUGCGGGGAGCAGGAACAGGCCGGACCGGGCUGGCGACGCGCACCACUGGCUUGGUGCGGGGAGCAGGAACGGGCCGGACCAGGCUGGCGACGCGCACCACUGGCUUGGUGCGGGGAGCAGGAACGGGCCGGACCGGGCUGGCGACGCGCACUUCUGGCUUGGUGCGGGGAGCAGGAACGGACCGGGCUGGCGACGUGCACCACUGGCUUGGUGCGGGGAGCAGGAAUGGGCCGGACCGGGCUGACGACGCGCACCACUGGCUUGGUGCGGGGAGCAGGAAUGGGCCGGACCGGGCUGGCGGCGCGCACCACAGGCUUGGUGCGAGGGGCAGGAACAGACCGGACCGGGCUGACGACGCUCACCACUGGCUUGGUGCGGGGAGCAGGAACGGGCCGGACCGGGCUGGCGACGCGCACCACAGGCUUGGUGCGAGGGACAGGAACAGACCGGACCGGGCUGACGACGCGCACCACUGGCUUGGUGCGGGGAGCAGGAACGGGCCGGACCUGGCUGGCGACGCACACCACUGGCUUGGUGCGGGGAGCAGGAACGGGCCGGACCGGGCUGACGACGCGCACCACUGGCUCGGUGCGGGGAGCAGGAACGGACCGGGCUGGCGACGCGCACCACAGGCUUGGUGCGGGGAGCAGGAACGGGCCGGACCGGGCUGGCGACGCGCACCUCUGGCUUGGUGCGGGGAGCAGGAACGGACCGGGCUGGCGACGCGCACCACUGGCUUGGUGCGGGGAUUAGGAACGGGCCGGACCGGGCUGACGACGCGCACCACUGGCUUGGUGCGGGGAGCAGGAACGGGCCGGACCUGGCUGGCGACGCACACCACUGGCUUGGUGCGGGGAGCAGGAACGGGCCGGACCGGGCUGGCGACGCGCACCACUGGCUUGGUGCGGGGAGCAGGAACGGGCCGGACCGGGCUGACGACGCGCACCACUGGCUUGGUGCGGGGAGUAGGAACGGACCGGGCUGGCGACGCGCACCACAGGCUUGGUGCGGGGAGCAGGAACGGGCCGGACCGGGCUGACGACGCGCACCACAGGCUUGGUGCGGGGAGCAGGACGGGCCGGACCGGGCUGGCGACGCGCACCACUGGCUUGGUGCGGGGAGCAGGAACGGGCCGGACCGGGCUGACAACGCGCACCACUGGCUUGGUGCGGGGAGUAGGAACGGACCGGGCUGGCGACGCGCACCACAGGCUUGGUGCGGGGAGCAGGAACGGGCCGGACCGGGCUGACGACGCGCACCACAGGCUUGGUGCGGGGAGCAGGACGGGCCGGACCGGGCUGGCGACGCGCACCACUGGCUUGGUGCGGAGAGCAGGAACGGGCCGGACCGGGCUGGCGACGCGCACCACAGGCUUGGUGCGGGGAGCAGGAACGGGCCGGACUGGGCUGACGACGCGCACCACAGGCUUGGUGCGGGGAGCAGGAGCGGGCCGGACCGGGCUGGCGACGCGCACCACAGGCUUGGUGCGGGGAGCAGGAGCGGGCCGGACCGGGCUGGCGACGCGCACCACUGUCUUGGUGCGGGGAGCAGGAACGGGCCGGACCGGGCUGACGACGCGCACCACUGGCUUGGUGCGGGGAGCAGGAACGGGCCGGACCGGGCUGGCGACGCGCACCACAGGCUUUGUGCGGGGAGCAGGAACAGGCUGGACCGGGCUGACGACGCGCACUACAGGCUUGGUGCGGGGAGCAGGAACAGGCCGGACCGGGCUGACGACGCGCACCACAGGCUUGGUGCGGGGAGCAGGAACAGGCCGGACCGGGCUGGCGACGCGCACCACAGGCUUGGUGCGGGGAGCAGGAACAGGCCGGACCGGGCUUGCGACGCGCACCACAGGCUUGGUGCGAGGGACAGGAACAGGCCGGACCGGGCUGACGACGCGCACCACAGGCUUGGUGCGGGGAGCAGGAACAGGCCGGACCGGGCUGGCGACGCGCACCACAGUCUUGGUGCGAGGGACAGGAACAGGCCGGACCGGGCUGACGACGCGCACCACAGGCUUGGUGCUGGGGACAGGAACAGGUCGGGCCGGACUGGGAACACACACCACUGGCCUUGUGCGGGAAUCAGGAACGGGCCGGACCGGACUGGUGACACACACCACUUGCUUGGUGCGAGGUGCGGGACAGGGUUUCCUCAUAAACCUCCGCUCCCUCUGCUGCCUAACCAGUUCCUCUCGCCGUGCCUCUACACUCUCCUUCUCCCUCGUGACCAAUAGCCCCCGUAACCUGGUGGCCUCCUCUCCUAGUCCGCCGAUUCGCCCUGUAGCUGCCUCCAGCAGCCCCGUCGUCCACGCCGUGUGCCCCCCCCCAAAAAAUUACUUGGGGUUGCCUCUCGCGUGUCCGUCGUCGGCACGGUUGGCGCCGUUUCUCCUCUCCUGCUUGGGCAUUUACUUUUGCCCAUGGCCCUCUGCCCGCGAAUAUGUCCUCCCAAGACCACCAUUCGCCCACCUGGGACAUCGCCAACUUCUCCUCCUGGGCACGCUGCUUGGUCCUCUGGGGGUGGGAUCUUCUGUCACGAUCGCUGACAGAUGAAGCGGACCAAGGCGCAGCGUGAUAAGCGUACAUACUUUAUUGCGUACACAACACGAACCAAAACAAUAAACCAAACGAUACGUGAAGUCCUAGGUUAUACACAAAACCUUACGGAACAAGAUCCCACCAUAAACUAGUGAAAACAGGCUGCCUAAGUAUGGACCCCAAUCAGAGACAACGAGCUACAGCUGCCUCUGAUUGGGAACCACCCUGGCCAACAUAGAUCUAAACGAUCUAGAACGAAAACAUAGAAAAUGUAACAGAAAUUCCACACCCUGGCUCAACAUUUAAGAGUCCCCCGAGCCAGGGCGUGACACUUCCUGAAUUGACUGAUUGGAAAUGGACCCGAUAAGCAGUUGCCUGGCUACCCAGACUCCUUGCUCCGGCCAAACGCUAUGCCACAAUAAGUCUGGAUCUGAGUACCUCCCCGAAACCCUUCACCGAAUGCGAACACAUUCUGGGCUGUCUGAUUGGUCCAGAAACCGAUAGGUUGAGCCAGAACACACGUGGGUAAAGUGUCGGUUUUAAAGUUCGUCAUUGGCAUUGAUACUGUGAUUGGUUAGAGAUGAUCCAAUCGCUGAUGACUUUGUUUUGUACAACACCCCUCAUUUUGAGAGUCACCACAAACCACUUCAAAGAUGGCAGUCUCAGACUAAAGUGUGUAACGAACAACAGAGCAGCGGAAUAAUUUAAUGUGAGACCUCAGGCCAGGUGUGUGUGUGCGUGACUGUGUGUGUGUAUGUCUUCAGGCUAGACAAGCAGUAUUGUAAGUUGGUCUCUCUCUCUUUUCCUUCCGUCUCUUUCCAGGAGUUGGUGGUGUUGGGUCGUCUCCACCACCCCAGCCUGGUGGGGCUGCUGGCGGCCGGGACGAACCCUCAUGUCCUGGUGAUGGAGCUAGCCCCCAGAGGGUCCCUGGACUCUCUGUUUGAACACGAGAACAGCAGCCUCAACCGCAAGCUCCAGCACAGGAUCGCUCUGCAGGUGGCCGACGGGCUCAGGUAGGUUAAUCGCUCAAUACACACAUGCACACAUUACAUGCAUAUAAACUCAGCAAAAAAAUUAACUUCCCUUUUUCAGGACCCUGUCUUUCAAAGAUAAUUUGGAAAAAUCAAAAUAACUUCACAGAUCUUCAAUGUAAAGGGUUUAAACACUGUUUCCCAUGCUUGUUCAAUGAACCAUAAACAAUUAAUGAACAUGCACCUGUGGAACGGUCCUUAAGACACAGUAGGCAAUUAAGGUGACAGUUAUGAAAACUUAGGACACUAAAGAGGCCUUUCUACUGACUCUGAAAAACACAAAAAGAAAGAUGCCCAGAGUCCCUGCUCAUCUGUGUGAACGUGCCUUAGGCAUGCUGCAAGGAGGUAUAAGGACUGCAGAUGUGGCCAGGGCAAUAAAUUGCAAUGUUCGUACUGUGAGACGCCUAAGACAGCGCUACAGGGAGACAAGACAGACAGCUGAUCGUCCUUGCAGUGGCCGACCACGUGUAACAACACCUGCACAGGAUCGGUACAUCUGAACAUCACACCUGCGGGACAGGUACAGGAUGGCAACAACAACUGCCCGAGUUACACCAGGAACGCACAAUCCCCCCAUCAGUGCUCAGACUGUCUGCAAUAGGCUGAGAGAGGCUGGACUGAGGGCUUGUAGGCCUGUUGUAAGGCAGGUCCUCACCAGACAUCACCGGCAACAACGUCGCCUAUGGGCACAAACCCGCCGUCGCUGGACCAGUCCUUUCCCAGCGACUGGCAAAAAGUGCUCUUCACUGACGAGUCGCGGUUUUGUCUCACCAGGGGUGAUGGUCGGAUUCGCGUUUAUCGUCGAAGGAAUGAGCGUUACACCGAGGCCUGUACUCUGGAGCGGGAUCGAUUUGGCAGUGGAGGGUCCGUCAUGGUCUGGGGUGGUGUAUCACAGCAUCAUCGGACUGAGCUUCUUGUCAUUGCAGGUAAUCUCAACGCUGUGCGUUACAGGGAAGACAUCCUCCUCCCUCAUGUGGUACCCUUCCUGCCGGCUCAUCCUGACAUGACCCUCCAGCAUGACAAUGCCACCAGCCAUACUGCUCGUUCUGUGCCUGAUUUCCUGCAAGACAGGAAUGUCAGUGUUCUGCCAUGGCCAGCGAAGAGCCCGGAUCUCAAUCCCAUUGAGCAUGUCUGGGACCUGUUGGAUCGGAGGGUGAGGACUAGGGCCAUUCUCCCCAGAAAUGUCCGGGAACUUGCAGGUGCCUUGGUGGAAGAGUGGGGUAACAUCUCACAGCAAGAACUGGCAAAUCUGGUGCAGUCCAUGAGGAGGAGAUGCACUGCAGUACUUAAUGCAGCUGGUGGCCACACCAGAUACUGACUGUUACUUUUGACCCCCCCUUUGUUCAGGAACACAUUAUUCAAUUUCUGUUGGUCACAUGUAUGUGGAACUUGUUCAGUUUAUGUCUCAGUUGUUGAAUCUUGUUAUGUUCAUACAAAUAUUUACAGAUGUUAAGAUUGCUGAAAAUAAACACAGUUGACAGUGAGAGGAUGUUUCUUUUUUUGCUGAGUUUAUGUAUAUACACACAUUACAUACAUACAUACAUACAUACAUACAUGCAUACAGGUGUAUGCCCACAAGAACAUGCAUACAGGAACAUGCACACGUGUCAGACACAGUGUUCAAUGAUAUUCAAUUAUUUCCAAGUAUGUAUAGUAAACCCAAACAAACAAAUUUGAAUUCAUGAUCUAUAUUGGGAACUCUCAAUUUAGACACAUUGUCCAUCACUGUUUCCUCAGUUUACCUCCCUUCCAUAUUGCCAGGUAUCUCCACUCGUCCAUGAUCAUCUACCGGGACCUGAAGCCUCACAACGUGCUGCUGUUCAACCUGAAGACUGACUCAGAGACCAUCGCUAAGAUCACGGACUACGGCAUCGCUCAGUACUGCUGCAGCAUGGGGGUCAGGAGCUCUGAGGGCACCCCAGGUAGGAACUAACCCUUCAGUGUAGAGAUUUAAGCAAAAUCUCAGCAUGUUUCUAAUUCCUUUCUUUAAUCCCUUUCUAUCUGUCUCUGUCCCCCUCUACCUCCCUAUCUCCUCUUCUCUUUUACUCUCUGUCUCUGUUCUCUCUUUCUCCCUCCCUCUACCCUCACCAUUUCUCUCUCCACCCACCCAGGUUUCCGGGCGCCAGAGGUUGCCCGGGGCAACGUGAUCUACAACCAGCAGGCGGACGUGUUCUCGUUCGGCCUGCUGCUGUACGACCUGCUGACCUGUGGUGAGCGCAUCUCAGACGGCAUGAAGUUCCCCAGCGAGUUUGAUGAGAUCGCCGUGCAGGGCAAGCUGCCAGACCCAGUGAAGCGCUACGGCUGCUCCCCCUGGCCAGGCUUCCAGGGCCUCAUGAAGGACUGUAUGAGGGAGAGUCCCCAGGACAGACCCACCUCCACACAGGUAACCCUAGCACUGUUACUACUACCUGUCUCCACCUGGCUGUGUGUGAAGUGUAGAUGUUUCACUGACUGUCUGUAGGUUUUGAACUGACUAUGUAAAGGUGUGACUAAGCUGAUUACUUGCGUUUGUGUAGGUGUUUGACUGACUAUUUGCCUGUGUGUAGGUGUUUGACUAACUGUGACUAUAUUUGCCUGUGUGUGUACUGUAGGUGUUUGAGAGGCUGAACUCUGGGGAGAUGCUGUGUCUAAUGAGGGAGCUGGUGGUCAGCAGAGCUGCCAAAGCUGAGUGUUUCACGGUGGGCUGCAGCAGCCCCAGCAACAGCCCCAGUUCUAACCCUAACCCCAGGGCCUGGGUGGGAGGGGGCAGCAGCACACAGAGACUGGGUUGUCUCGCAUCUGUCGACCUGGAGACUGAGAAAGUCACAACACAGGUAUUCAUAAUAGAAGAUCUCUCAACGUAGGCACUCACAUUGUAGGGAUUUGCAAAGUACAUGAUUACCACACCAUACUAGCUCUAACAAUACAUGUAUUACUGCAGCUAGAUAAUUAGAGCUCAGGUAUUCACACAAUAGCAUAGGUCCUCACAAUACAUGUCUCUUUGAAAUAGGUCCUCACUAUAUAGGUCUCUUUGACCUACAGUGAGGGAAAAAAGUAUUUGAUCCCCUGCUGAUUUUGUACGUUUGCCCACUGACAAAGAAAUGAUCAGUCUAUAAUUUUAAUGGUAGGUUUAUUUGAACAGUGAGAGACAGAAUAACAACAACAAAAUCCAGAAAAACGCAUGAGAAAAAUGUUAUAAAUUGAUUUGCAUUUUAAUGAGGGAAAUAAGUAUUUGACCCCUCUGCAAAACAUGACAUAGUACUUGGUGGCAAAACCCUUGUUGGCAAUCACAGAGGUCAGACGUUUCUUGUAGUUGGCCACCAGGUUUGUAUACAUCUCAGGAGGGAUUUUGUCCCACUCCUCUUUGCAGAUCUUCUCCAAGUCAUUAAGGUUUCAAGGCUGACGUUUGGCAACUCGAACCUUCAGCUCCCUCCACAGAUUUUCUAUGGGAUUAAGGUCUGGAGACUGGCUAGGCCACUCCAGGACCUUAAUGUGCUUCUUCUUGAGCCACUCCUUUGUUGCCUUGGCCGUGUAUUUUGGGUCAUUGUCAUGCUGGAAUACCCAUCCACGACCCAUUUUCAAUGCCCUGGUUGAGGGAAGGAGGUUCUCACCCAAGAUUUGACGGUACAUGGCCCCGUCCAUCAUCCCUUUGAUGCGGUGAAGUUGUCCUGUCCCCUUAGCAGAAAAACAUCCCCAAAGCAUAAUGUUUCCACCUCCAUGUUUGACGGAGGGGAUGGUGUUCUUGGGGUCAUAGGAAGCAUUCCUCCUCCUCCAAACACAGCGAGUUGAGUUGAUGCCAAAGAGCUCCAUUUUGGUCUCAUCUGACCACAACACUUUCACCCAGUUCUCCUCUGAAUCAUUCAGAUGUUCAUUGGCAAACUUCAGAUGGGCAUGGAUAUGUGCUUUCUUGAGCAGGGGGACCUUGCGGGCGCUGCAGGAUUUCAGUCCUUCAUGGCGUAGUGUGUUACCAAUUGUUUUCUUGGUGACUAUGGUCCCAGCUGCCUUGAGAUCAUUGACAAGAUCCUCCCGUGUAGUUCUGGGCUGAUUCCUCACCGUUCUCAUGAUCAUUGCAACUCCACGAGGUGAGAUCUUGCAUGGAGCCCCAGGCCGAGGGAGAUUGACAGGUCUUUUGUGUUUCUUCCAUUUGCGAAUAAUCGCACCAACUGUUGUCACCUUCUCACCAAGCUGCUUGGCGAUGGUCUUGUAGCCCAUUCCAGCCUUGUGUAGGUCUACAAUCUUGUCCCUGACAUCCUUGGAGAGCUCUUUGGUCUUGGCCAUGGUGGAGAGUUUGGAAUCUGAUUGAUUGAUUGCUUCUGUGGACAGGUGUCUUUUAUACAGGUAACAAGCUGAGAUUAGAAGCACUCCCUUUAAGAGUGUGCUCCUAAUCUCAGCUCGUUACCUGUAUAAAAGACACCUGGGAGCCAGAAAUCUUUCUGAUUGAGAGGGGGUCAAAUACUUAUUUCCCUCAUUAAAAUGCAAAUCAAUUUAUAACAUUUUUGACAUGCGUUUUUCUGGAUUUUUUUGUUGUUAUUCUGUCUCUCACUGUUCAAAUAAACCUACCAUUAAAAUUAUAGACUGAUCAUUUCUUUGUCAGUGGGCAAACGUACAAAAUCAGCAGGGGAUCAAAUACUGUUUUCCCUCACUGUAGGUCCUCACAAUAUAGGUCUCUUUGACAUAGGUCCUCACAAUACACAAAACACAGACAAAUCAGUGUUUAAAAUUCCCAUAUUCCUCAAUGCUAACGUCUUCCUUCUCCCUACAGGAGAUUGACACGAGUCCUGUCUUAUGCCUGGUGACCGUCCAAGUCCCAGACGAAGCCUGUGAUUGGCUGGUGGCUGGUACACAAUCAGGGGCACUGGUCGUCAUCAGCACUCAGGACCUGUCCACCUGGCACAACCUGCAGAGUGUCACCGACGCUGUGACAUCACUGUUCUUCCACACACACCCUCAGCGCAGGUAAGAGAGUGUCAGACUAGAUACUAUACAAUGGGUAUGCUAUGGCUAUGCCAGGGUUCUGCACUAACUUUUUGCAGUUGGUGGCACCAGCACAUGAUUUGGUCACACCAAUAUAUAUAUUUUUUAAUAAAAUGAUAAUUGAUAAUGAGCUGACCUGUGCCCCAUAAUGCACCUGCAUUCCAUACAGAACCAGGCUAAAAUGACUAGCCAUCUUUUACAUUAGCAUGCCCUUGUGUUCUUACAUUGAUUUGGAUAGAUUUACUGUAAUAGCAAAGAAAAGAGACUGUUUAAAUAAAGUGCAAAAUGUAUUUAAUGCCGAUUUUAAUGUGCCAUGUGUUAUUUUCUGCGAAAUCCUCUAGAGGCAGACUUUUUACAAAUUAUGCCACGGCAACAACAACAAAAGUUAGUGGGGAGAAGGACUGUGAAUUCCUUACGUUUCUUCAGGUUUUCGCACUCAAGAUCAGCCUUUUCUAAUAGAAAAACAACAAAAUUGGAUGUUAUAAGGACACAACGAUGCUUAACCUCUACGGGAUCGGUGUCCCGUAUACGGGAUGGUUGAGCUAAUGUGAUUAGCAUGACUGUUGUAAGUAACAGCAAACUUUCCAGGACAUAGACAUGUCUUAUAUGGGCAGAAAGCUUAAAUUAUUGUUCAUCUAACUGCACUGUCCAAUUUACAUUAGCUAUUACAGUGAAAAAAUACCAUGCUAUUGUUUGAGGAGAGUGCACAACAACAAAAAACUUACCACGGCAACUGGUUUCAAACAUUCACCUCUGAAGGUAAAUAAUGUACUUACAUUCAGUAAUCUUGCUCUGAUUUGUCAUCUUAAGGGUCCAAGAGAUAAAAUGUAGCAUAGUUUUGUUUGAUAAAAUCCAUGUUAUAUUCAAAUGUAGGAACUGGGUUCUACAGUUUGAACCCCUGCUGUCUCUGGCUCCACACCCACCCCGCCCAUCUAGAUGUGUGAAAGUUAAUGCAGAUUUUAUGUUGUUGUCCAUGCUACAGAUGGCUGUAUUGGUCCACUAAUACAGGACUAGUAAAGGCCCAGUGCCCUACUUUUGUGAAUUAUUAUUAUUUCUUUAUUUUGGGAUUUUUCAGGGGGUGCUACAGCACUCUCAGCACCCCUACUUCCCACGGCUGUGCACUUGUGAUGGAGUUUUGAAAACAAAUGGCCUCUGGAUUGAUGCAAAUAAUCAUGAUUCUGCCAGUUAGGCAUAGGCUACUUUGUAGUUAUCUUUUAAAUGCCUUUCCAUCUACCCGGAAACAGUUAGGCUAACAUUAGUUUUCAAGGACUUACAUUUUAUAUUUAAUUGUUGUAAUGGCCUAUAGCAUAAAAAACUCCCCCAAAAUCUAUGCAAAAAAGCAUGCAUUACCACUAAGAAUAGUGCGUAUUUUAAUAGGCCUGCUUACCCAAUGGCAUUGUGCAUUGACAUUCACAUUAUCUUUACGUUCUAAAAUAUGUCCGAAUAAUGUGGACAUUGCUCCCGACACAAACACACUAAUGAAGUCUGUCCAUAGCUAGUCAGUCUCGCCAUUUAAAGGGUUACUGUAUCCUGUUUUAAAACGAGAAAGCAAUUAACAGGGUCCCCUCGCUGUAGUCUUGCUCAUCACAAUAGCAACAAGCACAACAGCCUUCAAUUGAAUUGGCAGGAAACAAACGAAAGAGCGUACAUCUCUCAUAAAAACUGAUCAGAAAUGAAAUCACAGAAUUAUUAUAUUGGAGCAGUAGAAAUGUAUAAAGUGGCAUCCAUAACUUCAAUGACUUUUCAAGGACUAAAGAGGAAAUGUCAGAUUUUGAAGGUAGGCUAUUCCAUGAUGACUGAAUUGUGCAUCGCAAAUAUUCAGCCAAUAAUAAUAAUAAUAAUAUGCCAUUUAGCAGACGCUUUUAUCCAAAGCGACUUACAGUCAUGUGUGCAUAAAUUUUUACGUAUGGGUGGUCCCGGGGAUCGAACCCACUACCCUGGCGUUACAAGCGCCAUGCUCUACCAAUUGAACUUUUUAAAUACCUGGUUUCAGUGGAGGCUGUUGAGGGGAGGACGGCUCAUAGUAAUGGCUGGAAUGGAGUCAGUGGAAUGGUAUCAACCACAUGGAAACCACGUUUGAUACCAUUCCAAUGACUCCAUUCCAGCCAUUAUUAUGAGCCGUCCUCCCCUUAGCAGCCUCCACUGCCUGGUUUACAUACCCAUUCUUGACUUAGCAUUUACUGGUAGAUGUCCUAAUUUGGAACAUCCUUCCUACCCCUACCGCCGUCGGUCUUCACUCCACGCAACAACCAGCUGUUUGAGAGCUGCACGCGCUCUCUGCCCGACAGAUUAUCUAUAGGCUGUACUGCAGGGUUCUUCAAUUCCGGUCCUGGAGGGCCGAAACACUUCUGUUUUUUAUUUCUACCUGGUAGUUAAUUGCACUCUCCUGGUGUCCCAGGUCUGAAUUAGCCCCUGAUUAGAAGGAGAGGAUGAAAAACAGAGGUGUCUCGGCCCUCCAGGACCGGAAUUGAAGAACCCUGCUGUACUGUAUGUGUAUAGUGCGCAUGUGAUAAAUAAUCGCCAUAACGAUCAAACAGCUUUGAGAAUCCAUCUGUUUUUUUAUUAAUUAUAUAGCCUACACUAAAGAUAGCAUUAUUACUAUCUUUUUCUCACUGGCCAAUGAGGGCCACUGACGGGAUGAUCGUCUGGCCCUGACACACACAGACGGGGGCGUUCCCGUGCAGUUGUUGCCUCAUCAGAAAGUUGUUUUCAUUUUUGGUCAAUUGCACAUUACUGUUUGAAUAAAUCAUAAUGAUAAAAAAAGCAUGAUCAGGCAAAACAUUUUCACUGGCAACCUUGCGACCAAUAAAAAAUGUGUGUUGCACUGCCAAGUCAAACGGUCGCAAAUGAGUCUGUUUUUGUCGCAGUAUCGAACCCUGGGCUAUGCUAUGGCUAUGCUAUCUAUGGCUAUGCUAUGACUAUGCUACUGCUAUGCUAUGCUAGUUCCAAAUAGCUGUACAUGGAAAGGUACAUCUGGUAAAGGUAGAAUAUACAAUAAUUAGUGUGUAUUUACAGUGAUGUUAACAGUAUGUUACCAAUUAAAGUACUGAUACUGUGAUUUUUUUUUAUUUUUAAUUUCAGUCAACGAAAGAAUUACUUGUUAGUUGGGACAGCAGAUGGAAUUCUGACGGUUUAUGAGGACUCUGCGCUCCAGGUGGAGAAUGGCCAGCCAGUCAAGACAUUGACCAUCGGGAACGUCAACACCCCAGUGAUGUGUCUGGGUCAAUCAGGUCACUCCCUGGACAGGACCAUGGUGUGGGCCGGCUGUGGGACCAGAAUCCUCUCCUUCACCGCCGACUAUGACGUCUGGAAGACCAUUGACACUAAACCCAACCACCUUUUCCAGUGAGUGUCACCUUCAGAGAUGUAAGCCCAUAUUUUGGCUGCCUGCAGGGCUGUUGAUUUGUUUUUGCUCUGUGUGUGUUCUCCCCAGGCAGCAUCAUGCGCUGAGCAGUGAGGCGUGUGUGUCCCGUAUGGUGGUGGAAAAACAUGUGUACCUAAGCAAGGCUGGAGGACAGAGCGUGGAGGUGUGGAACAAGAAGAGUGAGAGGAUGAUUGACAGCAUCGACUGUGCCCAACUACUCAGGUCAGCUCAGCUCUGACACCACACACACACACACACACACACACACACACACACACGUGAGGACAAUCCUAUGUAAACUGCUCAACAACAGAAAAAAAGACUGUUCCUUAAACCAGUGGUUCCCAAACUUUUUCACUAACCAGUGGUUCCAUUACUGGGAACCACUGCCCUAACCCCCUCUGUGUUCUUGGCCCAUAGACACGGCUCCAGCCGGCGACCCAGGAAGGCUAAUUCAGUGUUUGAAUUUGGAGCGGAUACUCCAACCUGGGCUAGCGUCAAGUCCCUCCUGGUGCAGCAAGCCACCACCACCCUGUGGAUCGGCACCCGGGGAGGCCACCUCCUCCUGGUAGAGCUGUCCAACCUCCAACUGCUGCAGGUCAUCAGCCCCCACUGCCAGUCCAUACGCAGCAUGGCCUCUGUAUUUAUAGGUAACAACUAUAUGUCUAUCCGUAUGGCUGUUUAUGUUUCCCAUUGGGGGGCCUCGAGCAGAGCAUGGUGGGGCCUCAAGCGGAUAAAUUAUUUGUAAAAAAGGAUUACUAGUAUUAUUAUUUUUUAAUUAUGCCCAGCUCACGAGGCCCCUUGAUGAUGUGAGGCCUGAGGCAUUUGCCUUUUCUGCCUAAUGGUAAGUCUGCCACUGUUCAAAUACACAGCCCAAAACAAGUACUUUUAUUUGAGUAUUUGAAUGGUUAUUUGUAAAACUAAUAGUCAACCCAAAUGUAUUUAAGAGGAUUUUCAAAUACUUAUUUCAAAUACUAUUUUCAAAUACCUGGGUUAAACGCAUGGGAGUAUAUUUCCAAAUACAUUAAAAUGUUCAACUACUUUUUGUUUCAAAUAAAAAAAGAUCUGAAUACAUACUUCGAAUAGUAUUUGAACCUAGGUCUGCUUCCUGUUUGCACAGUGGUGAAAGUUUCACAAACUUGUGUGUUAUUUUCAUAUCAUAGAAACACUAAACCGUAAGAAUGUGGUCCUGGUUUUGGGAAGAAGACUAUCCCAAGAUAAGAGUCAAUAUGGUAAGAAAGUAUGACAAAGACCUAACAACUACACAGAACCUACAAAGAAAACCUAAAUAAUAUUGAGUGUACAAUCUGUGUGUGUGUGUGUGUUUAUGUGUGUGUUGAUGUGUAUGUGCGUGGGGGGGAUGCGGGCGUUUUGUGUGUGUGUGUGUGUGUGUGCUCCCAGACGAGGAGUCGGUACUGAUGGUGUGGAACAGUUCUUUGCCUCUGGAGGUCAAGGACCUCAACAAACACUGUGAGAUGAGGGAGGAGAUCACAGCCAAGAUGAGAGAGGACCAAAAGUACUGAGUCACUGACUGAGGCCACAGCUUGGUACGUACCUGUACUACACUAAUACUACCUAUACACAUCAAUAGUAAAAACCAUAACCCCUGUACUGCACUGCCCAUGUAUAUUACCCAUACCAAUAAUAGAAACAUAACAAAAUACUAUUUCAGUAGUUACCAAUUACUGCUAUAUUUACUUUUCAUUGUUCACAGGAUACACAUGGAAAAGGGAUUUCUCUGAAGAUUCAGUGGAGUGGUGUGUGUCUUCUGAAUCCACACAGUACCAGUACAGGGGGUACAGUACUUUACCUCACUGAAACCACAGAGAUAAAACUGACAGCCAUACUUCUCAGGGCACUUCGGACCCUGUCAAAGACCAUGAAGAGAACAGCACUUUCAAGUGCACUUGAUUCAUGACAAGGUUACACUGUUUAAGUGCACUUUAAUGUUUCACGUCACUAGUCUCAACUCAAAUACUAUCUGGAUAUCUGCGUGCUCUAGUUAAGUGUAAGUGUACUUUCAUAAUCAUCCUGCACUACUAUACUACAAUACCUAAAAGUAAGUAAAAUGCCUUUGAAAAAAUAAUAUUUUAAUCUUAGACGUAUUUUGAAUUGAAACACUCCUGCCAAUUGUUUGUUUGACCACGAAGAGAAACUGUAAAAAGGGAUAGUUCAUUUGUGUUGUUUUGUUUACCUGUUUAUAUAACCAUUAUAAAAUGCAACUGAAGACAACUGGAAAAGAAGCCAAAGGAAAUAAAUUCUCACUUCUCAAGGGCCAUAUUUGAUUAUGUAUUCAAUACAUGUGUGUUUGUUUACCAAAUGACCCCAUUCACUCCUGCACAGUGGAUGGACCCUCUUGUGUCUCUUGUCAAGAUGCCAGAUUCAAAGUCGUGUAAUGGCUGUUGUACUUGUAAUGUCUGAUGUUGCAUCCCAGUAAAUUCUGUUUGACUUUUAAACAAUGUUUGUAUUAUGUAUUUUAUACAUUGCCUCCCUGUCUUUAGAUUGUCAUCUGAUAAUAUAAAGAUGUUUGUCAUGCACGCUAGAGGGCGGUGCAACACCAUUAAAUAGGCCACAUAUUGAUGUAUCCUU